AUGGAGAGACAAUCAGAGCAUUGGAGAUCUUGCAGAUGUAGAAGGUCUGUACAGAUUGGAAGGACCGAUUUUACCUCCAAAUCUAAUGAUAAUGCUUAAUUAGUCUUGCAGACAAAAUCAUUGACAAACAUAGAAUCCGGCCAAAAUCGCGAAUCUCAAAUCUAAAACAUCAGCCAAACAAUAAAUUUCACUUAUAAAAUAUUGUUACGGAAGCCUUUAAUUAUUUGCACACUUUAACUGCAAUAUAUACAAUCCAUAAUUAUAUCGAAACUUCCAUAAUAUAUCACACUUUUUUAGAAAAAAGCGAGUAAUAGCAGCUCAUUAUCGAUCUGAGUGACAAGGCAACAUAUUUUACCGAGGGCUAUAUUCAACGGUGAAUAUCUCGAAAACGGUUGCGGGACCAAGGGAGGGCGGGCUGGAUAGAAUUAAAGAUUAUAUUUUUGGUUAACUAAUCGUAAAAAUUGUUGACAGAAACGCCAUUAAAUUACAUUGCGACGGUAUAGCGCCUAAAGUGAGAGGUCAAAAUAAACUGGAAAAUAACGCUUAUACCUUUGAAGAUACCGUUCCAAUGGGUAGAUUCACUGUUGUAAAAGUAGUAUCACGUGAAAUUUAAAAAAAAAAUGUGCAUAACAAUAUGAAAAAAGUCGAUAUUUAUGAGCCCUAUGUAAAUUUUCGAUGCCAAAAGCUUCAUGCGAGCAUGACGAAAAUGGCGCAAUCUGAUUGGUGGAGAGAUUCGCUUAAUUAGCUGUCCAACCUCCUCUGGCGCAUCAUCGCAAAAAUAAGUAUUUAUACAGAAUAUUUAUAAUAUUAAAUGCUAAAGAAAGUAAAUAAUGUUAAUUUAUUCAAAAGUUCACUUGUGGUGAAUUACAUAGGUAAUAUAGCAGUUAGUGUCUCGACUCAUGUACGUGCCAAUAUUCUGUUUAUUUUAUGUGGCCGUUGGAUUUAAUUUAUCACUGAAUCGCUUUAAUCAGCAAGAGUAGCAUGCCAUUUUCUCUAUUUGUUUUCAUAUUUCAGUAUUGCAAAGCACUGUAUAGUGUAUAUUCCGUUCUCAUCUGAAUGUAUGUUUCGUCAUUGCUGUCAUUUUGUUCUAGCGCACCGUACAGUUCAAUUGGUUUGCAUCAUUUACAACGUACGAAAUUAAAUAGCGUUCGUUUUGUUGCAAAAAGACUUUAUAGAGACGCCGUUUUUAAUCGUUGCUUGCCGUCAAGGCUUCGUAAAUCUGAAGAGUUGAUUUGAUUGCGAUACCGUCUUCGCCGAUUGGCAAUUUUAGCGAUAUCUACCAAACAUUCGUCCACUGGUCCCAGAUAUUUUUAAGUUCCGCUUCAGAUGGUAGACCCCAUGCGCUUCCUCUGUCGCUAAUUUCUGACAAAUCUGAUGUAUACGUCUGUGUAUUUUUCCUUUGUGUUUUUCCACCCAAUCCUUUUUCAAAAAUGUUCUUUUAAAGCGAUUCAACAAAAUUUGUGGUUGUAAUGUUUAUAUAAGUGCAUUUUAACAUUUACCGGGCACCAUAUAAAAACAUUUUGUAGCGCCCACUCAUUAAUUAAAACUUUUGACAUUCGGUUUCGUUAAUUACGUUAAUGUGCGCUUCUGUUCUAAAACCGAUUAUUUUUUUCCCAUAUCAAUCAAUUGCAUAUGGCAGUUUAUUCCAAAAGCCCGUGAGCGUGUGAUUCUCCUUGUCAUAUAAGCUACAUUCCUAACACACUUCCAAAUAUAUUUCUGAAAAGAAAUAAAGUCGUCUUGAUAUAAGUAUAAGUACGGUGUUUUCCCCUAAGUAGAUUGCUUACAAGCUAUUGAAUUUCUCUUUAGAAACUUUCUCGCUCAAAAGUACAAUUUUACAUUACUUACUUAUCGGUAUUUCUGAGAAUACAGUGUGGCAUUAAUUUUCAGAGUUCAUGUUUUACAUAUCGAAGACUUCGGGUCAAGUGCAAGAUACUAAAAUAAAUUAUAGCUAUAUAUAUAAGCCAUGUACAUGUGAAGAUGUUUUAUUUUGAUCAGAUCCACACAUUGAUCAAGAAACGUUCUACCAACAAAUUUCAUCCUUUGUCACAACUCACACUCAUGAAUAAUAUAGAAGAGUAGAUGAGUUUUUAAAAACAAACAAGUAUUUCAUACAACUGAAUAUAUAAAGCAAAUUUUGUUCCUUUCGGGACAUCCAUAUUUGCCAAACAUCCUCACAAUUAUAAGCUUCACAGUUGCAAAUGUAAUUUCACAAUGCGCAUGGACAUCUAAAAGUAAGCGAACACUUAAAUAUGUGUAACAAUGGAAUUUUCAAAAUAAUGCCUAUAUAUCAAUGCAUUAACACGGACAGACUUUUUAGGGAGAUGAAAGAAAAAGAACUUAUCAAUAUACUGAAUCCGGAUCUGAACGCUAAUUAAAAAACCAUUAAGUUUAUGCUUACAUUUAGAUCAAUAGUAUGUUUUUAACAGGUGACUUCACACCAUGUAAAUAUAUGCAUUCCUAACAUAGUUAUUAUAAUAUGAUAUCAUAGAACGUAGAUAAUAGAUAAACUAAAUUCCACUCAUUGUAAAUAUGCACCUGAGGAGCUAACAUAAAGCGAAAACGUUUGUGCAAAAUUUGAGUGGCUUUUAUUUUAUUUUACGUUAUAAAUGUCUCUUUUGGUUGCACAUUGAAACCUUUUCUAUAUAUAUAUAUAUAUAUAUAUAUAUAUAUAUAUAUAUAUAUAUAUAUAUAUAUAUAUAUAUAUAUAUAUAUAUAUAUAUAUACUAUAUAUAUAUAUAUAUAUAUAUAUAUAUAUAUAUAUAUAUAUAUAUAUAUAUAUAUAUAUAUAUAUAUAUAUAUAUAUAUAUAUAUAUAUACAGAGAGAGAGAGAGGUGGGGUGUUGUGAGCGACAUACAAUCAUAUAAUGUGGAAGAUUGUAAAUGCGCCGAAAAUAUAUUUUACAACUACGCUGAUGGUAACGUUUUCAGUUUAUUCAGCUUCGUUUAUUUAUUUCAGAAUGUGGAUAUGUUGAAGUUGUUUUAUUUAAGCUUAAUAUUCUAAAACCGCGGAUGCUUCCUUUCGCCCGCAAAAUGUCUUUUUUUCGUGUCAAAACAUUCAAAAUGUACCUCAAAAUCUACAAGAUCUAUUUACUCCGCACACUAGUCUUUAUAGCUUGAGAGACAUUGAUUAUCUGAAGUGCUCCUUUAGCUAUGAUGGAGCAGUUUUGUGGAAUAGUUUACCAACUUAACUGAACUUCGAUCGGCACAAUCCCUAAGCGUCUUUAAAAGAGGUUUAGAAAGUUGGUUAACUUCUGUGGACACGGCAAUCUUGUAAAUCAGUAGCCUAUUCCUUGUCCUUUUGUAUAAUAGUUUUAUCAAUUUUUCUAUAUAAUGUAAUUUUGUACUGAUGAUUCUACCGUGUUUAAAUAAAGUUUCAAUACAAUACAAUACAAAUAUGCGACUGCACUUCUAAUGGUCUCCCAAAAAGGUAUUUUAUUUUUAAAAAAUCCAUUAAAUUGGUCAAGUUUAAAAUGCAAUGCUUACAGUUAUAUCUCUCUUGAUUAAUCGACACAAAAACGAUUAUCUCUAUGUAUAAGCGCUCUGGUUUCGAGCGGGGAUGGAGUUGUAUUUUUAUUAUCUUUUAAAUUAGUGUCAUUAGUUUAGUAUUUUCUCACGAAAUCGACAAUUUUUCUAACUAAUUUGUCGAAAAUUAUAGACGAUUCUUUGAUUUAUUUUGCAUUUUAUUCUUGUGUAAAGUUUCAAAUUUCUGUCUGUUUUUAAAAGAAUCAAGUCCAGGCUUUGUGUGUAUAUAAUACAGCCGUAUUUCUGUAAAGUAUUCAUAGCCUUUAUACCUUACUCUGUUCAAAUACUUUUUAUUAAUUUCUGUUUCAUCAGAGCGGUCAGAGUACAUAAGUUUGUUGGUGACACCACUGGUGUGUUGCACGUUGGUCCACAACAAACUGUGAUUGGUCAGUUUGCUGAUGACGGCGAGUUUGAAAUAAAUACAUAUGUGUAUAAGGAUGGUGUACUACAUCUCCCUAAGACGUUUCUCUGCCGUGAAAUUCAGAUUACUAACAGGUGGGUUGAACUUUUUUUUCUCAACUAGCUUCUUGUCCGGCGAUAACACUUUCAGUAUUUUCGGGAGAUUUAUCACGGAAUCGAUUUUUCUUUAUAAAUACUAAUAUGAAAGACAUAAAUUUAGGUCCUUGCAUGCAGAAAUCGAUUAUUUAUUUAUUAUAAAUUACAUAUACCGGCAUACCUACAUUGGUGAUACAAUAAAUUUGAGAUAAGCGUAAAUCAUGUUAUUUGCAUUUUACAGUGUUUGAUUGUGGUUCUGAAAUAUAAUUGGCCUAAUUUACGUUGUUUCCCAACCUGAUGUGCGCCGUUUGUGUCGAUCAGUUAUUAUUUUCACCCAAUCAAUUGAACUAUUAACGUAGUAAUUAUAUCGAAUUAUAAUAUAGCAUUUGUAAAUUCUGAACGCUGAUUGGCUAAGAGCCGUGUUGAUAUAACUCUAUGUCAACACGGAAACGUCGGAAAACGUCGUGUUGAUAUAACUGUAUAUCAACACGGAAAAUGUUUUAUAUUUGUUAAAUAUAUAAUGGUGGGACGUAUUUUUGUUUACAAUUUUUUAGGGGCACAAUAAAUAUGAUUGACGUGACAUUAGCCCACAACUGUCAUCUUCUUCUAUCACGCACUGGUACCACAAGACUGGCAAACAAGAUGGGUACAUUUCAGUUUCGCAGUUUGAUAAUCGCCGAUGGCGGCGAGAUGACGUCAACUAGUGAAGUCAAAAACACGAGUCUUACUCUGGUGAUGGACGAAGGCAAUGUUCAGGGCGGCGGACGGCUACACAUGACAAACAUGGUUAUUGAAGCGGGAAAUUUUACUGUGGAUGAUCUUGGAAUUGUUCAAGGCGAUACGUAUGAUAACAGGUGAGUAAAAAUGAUUUAAAGUGAAAUAUGAUAGAUUUUAUAUGAAUUUCUUAACAUUUUACUGUUCAAUGUCUCAGCUCGAUAGCCUGUGCAUAUUGUUUCAAAACGGGCUACUGUCUUACCCUCCCUAUAAUAUAAAAUGUUAAGAUCAAAAUUUAAUUAAAGUGGGUGUUUUUAUUUUAGUUGUUCUCAUGGCAAUGGCUUGUCAUAUUCUCUUGGUUCAUCUGGUGCUGGCCAUGGUGGUACUGGAGGCAUGGGAACGAAUCAAAACCGUGUUGGCACACCAUAUGGGAACCUGUAUGAGCCCACAGACUUUGGCUGUCUUGGUGGCGGUGUAAACGGAUUUGGUUUGGGUGGAGGAAUUAUAAAAAUGAUUGUUUUAAAUAAACUUAAAGUGGAUGGAACCGUCACAUGUAGUGGAGCUUCAGGAGAAGCUAUUGCAUCUGGUGGUGGCAGUGGGGGAAGUUUGUGGAUAGAAACAAAUAUUAUUCAAGGUUAGGACAGGUCUGCUUUAUCAUGGAAAAUUGGCAUGGUUGCAAUAAUAGUGCUAAUAUGUUCCUUGUACGUUUGCAUGCAAGAUAAUUACUCGAGCCGUACUCGAGCUCAGCUCGAGUCGUAGUUUCGGUCGGGCUUUUUUUCGCGCAAGACUUUUUCUCCCACGCACCCACUCUUAAUUCUGACCAAUCGAAACAAAUCGUGGACGCAUGUGAUUAUUAGUGAUUAUCUUAUUGGCGUUCAAUGGCUCAUUCGACUUCCUGCUCUUCGUGCUGGCGUUCAAUGGCUCAUUCGACUUCCUGCUCUCGUGCUAUUAUAAACUUUGUUUACUCUAUCAUAUGGCUCUGAGGAUUGUACUCAGUACUCGUGUAAUAAUAGUGCAUUUUAAUAUGCGUACUCGAUCAAGUAUGUUGUAUGCUCUUUACGUGCGUGUUCGAUCAAAAGUAAACGGCUGUACGCUUAUUUUGUGUGUUCGAUCUAGUUUAUAUUCAAAAUAUCUAUCACAUGUAACUAAACUAUCAAACUUAAUUCCAUCGGAAUCAAAAUACUAGUCUACAUGCGGCAGCCGGGUAGUUUAUAUUCAAAAUAUCCAUCACAUGUAUCUAAACUAUCAAACUUAAUUCCAUCGGCAUGGAAAUUUAGUCCUAUAAAACUGCUAAAGUGUUAAAAAUAUUCUCUUAAAAUUUGCUCGCUCGAUUGAUUUGUAAAUAAUGCACUUUUAAUUAUUAAAGGAGUAAGAUGUAAAAUGUAUGAAGUAAAUCUUGAUGCGAACACGCUGAAUGCCUGAAUACGAUAUUUUGCAUGAUAUUGGCUCUGCAAAGCAGGUAUUCGAUUUCUGCAGAAAUGCCUUCGCAACCGCUUCCAUAUAGUUUCUAAAUUGUAUAAAAAGUUCGACAUUGAUCUUCUUUGGCUAGAUUUGUACUGCUUAAAUUCAUAAAAACUAACCUCUUGCUUUGUUACGUUAGGUUAUGGUAAGAUUCAGGUUAAUGGAGGUGAUGGUCAUCAGUAUUACCUUCAAAAUGUUGGUACAUAUGACGGAGGUGGUGGAGCUGGAGGCAGACUGGCUGUGUACUUCAAAAGUAAUCGUACCUACAGCGGGACAUUUGAGGCGUAUGGUGGCAACAGUGGUACAAAUGGUGGUACUGCAGGUGGCGCUGGAACUAUAUUUCUUUACCAUCGCGUAUAUCGUCAUCGCACAUUGAUUGUAAGUAACCACCUACGUUCACCUGUCAAACCACGCGACGAAGCCAUUUCCAGUUAUUCUGAUCUUUCUCUUAUUCCUGGAACUGCUUGGUUGUUAACAGAAGGUAAAAUACAUGAGUUGGCAAAAGAUUUGAAUUACCAUUUUGAAGAGUUGCAAAUUUACGGCGGAGUGCAUCUAGCUAUUCAUGAAAAUUCCGGUGGAAAGCCAAGUUUACAUUUUCGACACAUGAUCGGAGAUCGCUCGGGAACAGUUCAUAUCGGCCGAGACCAAAAGAUGGAUCUAAAUAGAACAAAUAUUGACUUGCCAUUUAGUGUUCAUGUGUACGAUGCAGGCUACCUAGGAUUAGCACCCUACACUGAGGUACAUGGAGUGAACAUACAUGUUGAUGGUGUUAUAGAAAAUAUUGAUGAUCUAUUACUACAUCAUAGUGGAGUGCUGUAUUUGAAUGAAGGAGCGAAGACUGGGAAUACUCAUAUCAAAGAUGAUUUUAAGUAAGAUCUUACAUUGUUUGUAUUUCAUUUUUUCCCCCUCAAGAUUUUCCGAGGUGGGAAUUUUCUGUACGUAGUCGACUACAAUGAGCUGCCAAAGUUUAGGCCUGAAAUAUAUGAAAAGGAUUAAAGAUCCUUGUAACUAACCUCCUAAUCAAGGGUCUUUGUUUCAAGACGUCGAAGGCUAGGUUUUUAAUCCAAGAAUUUUGUCAAUUUUGAAUUAAAAGGUGAUUUCAUUACAAUUACGUGUCUGUCUUUAUUGCAGGUUCAGAAAUAUACGUAUCCAAGCAGAAGGUAUAAUUCACAUGCAUUCCUCCCCAGUGUCUCACGACGGUAUGAAUCUCAGUGUGACGUUAUUAACUAUCGAAGGUGGCGGGAAAAUGAUUGGCAGUGAUUUACAUAUUGAAGCUACUGACCUGACUAUUGACGCCGGUGGAGAAUUAUCUUUGACAGGGGAAGGUUAUAAACUUAGCGAUGGCACUGGUCAAGGUGUUAAUGGUGUUAUAAAUUUUGGACGAGGAGUUAGUUCCGGAACUGGAUCUUCCGGGGGAGGUCAUGGAGGUACAGGUGGUAGAGGCUCGGCUACAAAGUAUGUUGGAUUGCCGUAUGGGAAUUUAUAUGAACCAACAGAUUUCGGAAGUAGUGGUGGUGGUGACACAGGACAGGAAGGUAAAGUUGUAAACCUUUAUUUCUUUAGUUUAAUUCAGUGAACUCUAAGAUGAAAUAUCUAGCAUAUUCUUACUGUCUGUCUGACAGAAGUCUGCACUUUGAAGAGAUACCGUCUCGAUAGGACCAGUUCAUGUUGAAGUGACCAGUGUUCAAGUCUUAGAAGGCUUAAAAUCUCAGUUAAUUCUUUUAACACUCUUUACGAAAGACCUCCGUUUGAUACCUUUUUUCAUGGUAAUUAAUCUCAAUAUUAAUAUCAGUUGUUAGUUAUUUAUUUUAUCUACACUACUAUAUUAACCUUGUCUAGGAAUGGAUUGUUUAAUCAAUUAAAAUAUUUAUAUUCUUAGGUCGCGGCGGAGGUCGUCUCUUCCUCAACGUAUCAAACCUUCUUGAAAUUGACGGAGACCUGAGUGCUGAUGGCCAGGCGGGCACAUCUGACAAUGGUGGUGGUAGUGGAGGAUGUUUAUGGAUAUAUACUAACAUCAUUAAAGGAUAUGGUACAGUCAGGGCGAAUGGCGGAGCGGGAUCAAAUCUUGGGGGUGGAGGUUCCGGUGGUAGGAUUGCUGUGUACUUUCAGAAGAAUGAAACUUUCUCGUAUUUCUCGUACCGCGCACAUGGUGGAGUAGGUGGGUCAGAUUCCGAGGCCGGAGGGUCAGGAACUGUGUUCCUCUAUCACUUAUACCAUGAACACCGUACACUCUUGAUCAAUAACAAUGGACAAUCAGCUUUAAACAAACACAUGACCUAUACUCAACUUGACCGCGAAGGUGGAAAGGCCUGGAUAAUGCCUGACUCGGGGAUUCACGAGUUUGCUGAUUCUGAAAGUAAGUUUCAUUUCGAAGAACUGCAAAUUUACGGUAAAGCUCAUUUCGCGUUUUGGCCAUCAAACAAAACCAACAUUUCCAUUUACUUCCGCGAUAUGAUUGGAGAUCGUUCAGGAAUGGUUCAUGUGGGUCCUGGGCAAGACUUGGAUUUACAGAGAGAGGAAAUUGAUUUACCGUUUGGCGUUUAUGUCUACAAAGAAGGCCAUCUUGGAUUAGCUCCCAGAACGUUUGUACACGGAGUUGAGAUUGUACUACGCGGUACAUUAUCACAUGUUCGUAAUAUCACGCUACAUCAUGGCGCACAGCUCUGGCUUCUGCAUGGAGGUCGUACUACAAAUAUGAGUAUACAUCAAUAUGAGUUUGAUUUUGUCCGUAUUCAAGACACUGCUAUUGUUCAUGCAGUCACAUCCCCUGUCAAAGACCCUGGGAUUACAUUCUUUACUAAAUCUAUGGAGAUUGAAGGCGGGGGGUUGAUGCGUGGAACAAGGUUAACUUUUACCACAACAAAUCUGACAAUAGAUGACGGGGGUAAACUUGUGGCAGACAAUCUCGGGUAUAAUACAUCACAUGGCUUUAGCGGCAAUGGAUUGCAUGGCUUGAUAAAUCCUGGGGCUGGAUUUAGUUCACAAUACGGAGGAUCUGGUGCAGGACAUGGUGGACGCGGAGGACGUGGUAAGUUGACGAACGGAGCAGAAAUCACAGGUGCCCCAUAUGAUGACUUGUAUGAACCAGAUUUGUUUGGUAGCGCUGGAGGACGAAGAGAUAAUACCCAGCGAGGAGGAAAUGGAGCAGGUGUAAUCUGGAUGAAUGUUACAAAUACAAUCAAUAUCGAUGGAAUCGUGACGGCAAAUGGCGAAGCUGGACCGAGCGAUGGCAGUGGUGGUGGCAGCGGUGGGAGUAUCUGGGUCCACUGUAAAAGAGUCCUGGGAUAUGGAAGGAUAUCUGCCAAUGGAGGAGAUGGGUACAUGAAGGAUGGAUAUAGACCAGCAGGGGGAGGGGCAGGUGGCAGAAUUGCAAUAUAUUUCCAGGAAAAUGAAACAUCAACAUACUUUGUGUACGAAGCACGUGGUGGGGCAGCACGUGGCUGUCAAGUAGGAAAAGAACAUCUCUGUGAAGCUGAGGCAGGAGGUCCUGGAACUGUGUUUUUGUAUCAUAUGAUCGAAGAACAUCGCACACUACUAAUCCAUAAUGGUGGGCAAAAACCUCUAGUGUCUGCAAUCGCAGAUUACAAUGAUCUACGAAAAGAUGGCUGCAAAGCAUGGAUUUUACCUGAAUCAGGAAAACAUCAUUUUGCAAAUAGAGGGCAAGAUUUUCAUUUUGAAGAGCUUCAAAUAUAUGGAGGUGGUCAUCUUGCUAUAUAUACUGAUCCAGUUGGUAAGCCUGCGUCGUUGUUUUUUAAACAUAUGAUCGGUGAUCGUAGUGGGGUUAUUCAUAUUGGCUUAAACCAAGUAAUGGACUUACGUCGAGAUGAGAUAGAUCUCCCCUUCAGUGUACAUGUCUAUCUCGGAGGAUACCUAGGCCUUGCUCCGUAUACUGAAGUACAUGGUGUAACGUUGUAUUUGUCUGGAGUUCUUGCACAUGUGCAGAACAUGACACUACACCACGGUGGUGCUUUUUGGAUGUACCAUGGAGGUCGGACUACCAAUCAGAGCAACAGUACAUACAAGUUUGAUACAGUCAGGAUAGAAGAUAACGGGGUUAUUCAGGGCUUAACCUCUCCAGUAGACCAUCCAGGAGUGACGUUCCAUGUCCGUGCACUUAGUGUUGAAGGCGGAGGUUUAUUCCAUGCCACACGUCCUGCAAUAAUUGCUGAAAAUAUUACAAUUGAUGAUGGCGGGCGUAUGUCAGCAGAUGGUCUUGGUUAUAAUAGAACACACAUGGAUCUUCGUGGUUUGCAUGGGAUUGUAAAUCCAGGACGGGGUUUUCUCUACUCGGGCGCGGGGCACGGCGGAACGGGCGGGCAAGGUAGCGGAUCAGUGCAGGCUGGAUUACCCUACGAUGACUUAUACGAAGCUAUGAUGUUCGGAAGCAGCGGUGGUGGAUCAAAGUCAGGGAAUGGCGGAGGUGUUAUGUUCUUUAAUGUCUCAGAUGUCUUUCAUAUUGAUGGCGUGGUUAGUGCUAAUGGUCAUGAAGUCACAAAGGGUCGGGAUGGAGGUGGGAGUGGAGGAAGUCUCUAUAUAUAUUGUUAUGAAAUCCAGGGAACCGGAUCUCUCUCUGUAGUUGGAGGUCGUGGCGGACCUGAAGGCGGCGGGGGAGGAGGUGGAGGUCGCAUCAGUGUUUACUUCAUAAAAAAUUCUACGUUAACUGCGAAAACUCUGGUGAGAGGUGGGGCAAGCAGUGUUGAAGCUGGAGGCUCAGGAACUGCGUUUUACUACCACCUGGUACAAACCCACCGUACAUUACUGGUGGACAAUGAUGGGCAACAUCCUAUAGCUCAGGUGGUCGAUCAUUACGACGACCUCUCUCGACAAACUGGAAAAACCUGGAUAUUGAGCAAUUCUGGUCAACAUAUAUUCGCUGAUACCUCGCAUCGAUUUCAUUUUGAAGAGUUACAAAUCUACGGCAGCGCUCAUCUUGGGAUUACGUCAUCAAAUAUCACGAGCCGUGUGACCUCAUUGUUCUUCAGUUUCAUGAUCGGCGACCGCUCGGGAACUGUUCAUGUUGGUGAUCGCCAAGUACUCGAUCUACGUCGAAAGUUCAUCGAUUUUCCAGCGCACGCGCGUGUCUACCAAGGCGGUUAUCUAGGGCUUGCUGACAUCACUGAAAUUAACAAAGUGUCACUACAUUUGGCUGGAACUCUUGCUCACGUGCAGAAUUUGACUCUUCUUAAUGGCGGAAUAUUACAUCAUUAUUUAACCGGGUUUACUCAGAAUGCACCGGGACGGACUAUAAGGUUUAAUGAGACUGUUCGCAUUAUGGCUGACUCAAAAAUACUGACCUACAGUGAGAAUGCAGAUGACAGGACAUUCACUCUGGAAUGUCGGAUACUGUUAAUUGAAGGUAAUUUGGCAUGUUUACGUUUGACUUACAUAAUUCUGUUUCAUUUGGAAUGAAAUGAAUAAUUGGAUACUAAGGAUCAUGUGAGAUAUUCAUCGUCUUUGUUGUUUACAAUAGCUUCCUUUACUUUCACUGAAGUCAGUGCGGUGUUAGUUUUCUGAAAACAAAUCGACACGACUCAGUUCUACUUUGGAUUUUAUUUAGGAAAACUAUGGUUAGUGUGGCACACAACCAACGAAAACCGCGAAAUUUAUUUAACGACAAGCGGGUGAAGUAGUUAAAACGUACAGUAGUUAAGGUGUGAAUGAUUAUGACGUUAUCUUUAAAGAAAUUUUGAAACAUGGGACAUAACGAAACAGAUUAUCACCAGCUUGUUGUUGUAAUUACUAUUUCAAUAUUUAAGCCGGUGCUGAGCUGCAAUUACUAUUUUAAUAUUUAAGGUGGUGCUGAGCUGCAAAGUAAAAAUCUUUACCUAAAUGCUGUGAACCUGACAGUUGACGAUGGUGGAAUAAUUAAUCUGAACAAUGGCGGACAUUUACCAAUGCAAGGUCCUGGGACUGUGACUACUAAGAACUGGCGGGCAAGUGGUGCUGGGCAUGGUGGUAUUGGGGGACAGCCCAAGUGUUCUGGGUACAAGACUUGUCGAAUUCGCAGAGGUUUAGCUUAUGGUGAUAUGGUAAGCCCCGCGGAGUUUGGCAGCGGAGGCGACAGUAAUGUUGGCGGAACUGGUGGUGGGAAGGUUAAGAUUGAUGUUCACCACACUUGUAAGGUAGGAAGGAGUAUGACAUAAAUCUAUUUUGGUUGGUGGUGUACACUCCUACAAUAUCUAACAUUCCCUACAGACAAUAGUUGGAAGUAGGUACACUAUGUGGGCUGUUUUCUAGGUGAAGCGUGUACAAGUAGUGAAAGCGAGGUUAGUGUGUACAAAAGUCGAAGGUUAACAGUGAAGGUUAACAGUGACUUGACGUUGCGAACGAAACAGAAAUGAAACCAAAAGCUGUAUUGUUUAAUGCUGUUUAACAAAGCAUUGAUAGAAGUUAAUGAUAGAGAAACUGCAGUGUGUGAACUGCCAAGUGUAUGAAAUAAAUUAAUAACAAUACGUUUACCUACACUGGAUAACGUAUCGGAAAUUGAGAAUUUGUUUUUGUUGAAAAUGCUGAGAAUUCUGUCCAUAUGUAAUCCAUAUUGCCUCGCCAAGUCAUAUAGGACCCACUAUUUUUCAAAAUAUUCAAAUGAUUAUGCUACUAAUUCGGCAACUUGUUGUUUGUAUACUACUUUUUGAUAAAGUUAUUUUGUUUGAAUUUUAUUUACAUCGAGGCCAGUAGCCUGAAUACAAUAACAGAACUUUUAUUAAUAUUUUUUUUAAAUUUAAUUUUCUACUUGUAUUAAUUGUGUAUUAAUCAAAACCGCCUUAAAACAUUGGUUAAAAAAUUUAUUUCGUUUUAUUAUUUAAAGGUGGAUGGCUUUAUCGAAGCUAAGAGCCUGAAGACAAACGCAGGGGGUGGUGGGAGUGGUGGAAGUAUUCUCAUUCGGACACAAACCUUCACGGGCGGACAUACAGGUGCUUUACGUGUGACUGGAGGAACAUCCCAGGCGGGCGGUGGUGGCGCUGGUGGACGUAUAGCUGUUUACUACACAAAUAACCUGACUGAACCUUUCUAUGGCGGUGUGUUUGAAACAUAUGGAGGUGACUCUCCUUCUGGGGGAGAAGCUGGAGCAUCCGGAACCACAUAUCUUGAACACGUGACAAAUGGAUACACAACCCUUCGAAUAGACAACAACAAACACGAGCCAAUUCGCAACAUCAUUAGAAACGAAGGUCGUAGGGUAUCUACAUCCGGGGGUUCAAAUUCCCGUCAGGUGUACACUAUACCCGGUGGGGUAACUGUAUCAAGUUCGACAGCGUAUUACACCGGACCCUACCCACAUUACUAUCCAUAUAAUAUUGGUCGGAUGUUUGAUGGUAAUCUUAAUACUCGGUUUAUAACCACAGCCACAAGACCAAGACUUAGUAUUGAUCUUAAGAGAAUUGUUUUUGUGAAUCAUGUCCGAAUUUAUCCUGCAUGUAGUGCUGGGCCUGCAAAGUUUAAGGUAAGCAAUAAUUUAAUAAUUAGUUUUUCCGCCGAUCAUGCAUGAUUUACCCUUUAGGUAAAAGUUUGGAAACCUAUUUAAAUUGUGCAUUUAAUUGGGUGUUAUUUAGAAAAUUUUCAGGUUAUGCAAAUAAUUGUUGUGAUGUUACAGAACACUGUUUUUGUUACGAAAACCUUUCAAAUCGCAAUUAUCUAAUUAUAAAUGCUUCCAGAACCCUCUUUGCAGCUCAAAUCGCUUAUACCAGCUGCCCACAAUAAAUUUCUCCUACCCAGGUUCUUUCCUCUACACUCAGCGAGGCCGGGAACGUAGAGGAAAGAGCUGGGGUACGUGGUAGCUGUUACGUUAGUUUUUUGAUCAUUUUUAUUUUCAGUUGAGCGGUGUGGACGAAGCAGGCCGGACAUUCGUGAUUCAUCGUGAUUACGUUAACAUGGCAUAUGGCUGUACGCAGGGUUCAUAUACUGAUGUUAGCUUUAUGAAGAACACAACUCGGAUAUUCAUAGAUCUGAUUGCAGCCGUACAUAAAUUCACUAGUCUGACAGAAAUUGAAAUAUUUGAAGGAACAUCCUUACCUCGGCAACGGUAGGUAGUAAAGUCUAGAAACACUUGCAGAGCAGGUGUGAUUGAGUUUGUAUGUUAGAUAAUUUGGCCCUAAUGAAAACAUAAUGUAAACGUACAUUGAAUUGAUUUUUCCUUUCAUUUCAAUUGAUUUUUCUUUCAUGUUCGUGUUUUGUUUUUGAAGCAUAUUUAAUUUCCACUAUUUGUGACAAUUUUUGUGGCUACGGCAUGGCGGUAUAGCACUCAGCGAGUGCUUGAGUGGUUUCGACUGCAUUAGGUCACAGUCAGCAACCGUACGUCGGCCGAUAUCAACAAGUGCUCGUGACUAAGACAGUAUAUAUACUGUCUGUCAUAGUUAAUACUGUUUAUAUUUACAUCUUUACGUUUGCAACUAGUUCCUAUUUGCGUUUUUCAACUGCUUCCUGAAGAGGUUUUUGGUAUUAUCGAAAUAUAGAAGGUAAGAAGCAGUUAUAAUUUAGUCAGCUAUAAUAAAUAAUGUACAUGUUGUAUAUCAGUUAUUUUAAAAAUGAAACGUGCCAAGAGGGCCACAAGCCAAACGACUUCUGUAAGAUAUUUAGGAUUUAAAGGCUCAAUAUUCGGCAUAAAAUAAUAUAUUUAAAUACGUUGGUCAAAUUAAACGAUACAAAACAUGCAACGAGUUGACAAAACGAUAAAUUCUAACAACAAUGGCGGUCGUAAAGUUUUAUUUAUUUAUUUAUUCUAUUUACCCCAAAACAGGAAUGUCGGUCUCAAACUACGUGCAGUCGGUCUCAAAAUUAUGCGUUUGUUUACAUGAUAGAUAGACUCAGAGUAUUGAGUUGGAAAUUUGCUCAAACGGAUCAAACAGCUCAGAAGUAAUAUGAAGAAAUAUUACGUACUUAUUUCGCGACUAUAUGAACGAAUUAUUAUUCAAAACACGCGCAAAGGGAUGAAGUUUCCAUUUACUUUCCAAACAUGGAGAUAUCUAUAUGUCACGAUUACGUGUUGGCACUUUUAUUUGGAAUUUAGGUUCUGCAAGGUCAUUCACGGGUGAUAUUCUAUAUUAGCGAAAAUUUCAAACCCCCAAAAUCAGACUCCAAAAUGCGAUGAAUCUCGAUCAAAAUAGCUAACAUUAGUUACAAUAUUUCUCCGGUCCCUAAACUAUAUUUUUAAGAUGCAAAGUGCAAAAACGAAUUUCUAGCCGAGUUAUAUUAGGAAGUAUGUUCACAUGUAACACGAUAUGCAUAUGCAUUUUGUUACCAAAGAGUUUUAUGUGCCUACUGCAAUCAAGAAAUUCGAUCAGUGAACGACGCACUGGUUUAUCUGAAAUCACGGAGCGAAAAAUUGUUUCCACUGACUAGGCGAUGUUUCCAAUUGUUGCUUAGUGUCAGGCCCAUAACUAGGUAUACAAGUCAAUCGCGUUCAAGUUCAAUGACAGACUGUAUAGUUCUCUCUAUGUAAAGAAGCAUUAUUCUUGCCCUACAGUGACGUAAGAAAUGGGAGGCUGUAUGGGUGCACAAGUACCCCAAUAACAAAAGCGCGGGCCAGCGCCCAAAUAUUACAACAAUUGAGCACAAACACUUUUUUAUUAUGCACCUGAUCAAUGAUGUUCGACCAAAAAUAUUUGUAAUUCUUAGCCUCGGGAUUGGGGAAAACUACAGUAUAAAAUUAUAGUUAUUGUGUCACUGUUUAUGAAAUUGAUAUUUCGUUUGAACUGCUCCCAGAAUGCAGGAAAUAGCGUUUCUAAGCCUUAGAAAAUUAAAAAUUUUCUGGGGGAGCAUGCCUCCAGACCCCCACAGAAGUGUCUCGGUCAAUCAAAAAUCCUAUAGUUACAGUACGAGCCUGACAGUUCCUGUAACAUCCGCAUCAACCGAGCGCAGCUUUUCAAAGCUGAAAUCAGUGAAAACUGUUAUGUGUUCAGUAAUGGAACGCCUCGGUGAACUCUUGACUCUUUGCGUGUGAGCGCGAUCUAACAGACACGAUCGAUCUUGACGAAAUCGCUAAUCCGUGGUCAAACCUGACUAAGCGCGGACACUUAAUAAAAAUAUAACGUUUCACAGCAAACUGUACUGUACGUGUUCUUGCAAAAUUCCUAAUAAAUGCCAUCAAUUCCCAUGCUUUGUACUCAAUUUUAUUGCAACACACCAACUCACCAAGAGUCGGUCUGGAUUCACAUUUCAGUAGUGAGUCGGUCUCAUUUCGUGAUUACACCCUCCCAGUCAAAAUCGAUAUGUCCGCCCCUGACUGAGUGAAUCCAAAGGACGGGCUUUGUGACAUUUGACACAAACAGUCUUGUAUGUGUGCGGCAAAUUCUGGGUUAUACUUAUAAACAUUAAAAGUUUUUUUUCCCAUGUGUUUCUCGCAUCGCACGCGUUCUCGACUCACGUCUCUACAAAAAAUACGUUACAACUUCUUUUCUUCGAGACUUUGAACUAUGCUGCCUUUCGCUGUAAGUCUCCCUUUUACUUGUAUUUGUAUUCCGUGCAUGCAUUUUACGACUUUAGUAGCGAUUCGGAAAUACAAACAUGAUUUCGUAAUGUCAAAGACAAAGUAAUAUAAUUUUUGCCACCACAUUUACAGAAAAUUGCCUUGAAAGUUGAAAUCGGUAUAUGUUAUUUCAUGUACAUGUAAUCAGGUGUAAACAACGUGGCGUUUUGAUUGGUCAACGUUAGUGGUCGUAAAACUGUACGAAAUAUAUGUGAUGGCCCUUUAAUAUUUUGUUGACUUUCCUUGUGUUCUAUAUAACCUCACUUAGUCUUGAAGCAAAUCCAUUACAUUGUUAGCUUUAACAGCUGUUAAUCAGCGUAUAGUGGACAUUUUUAGUCUAAAAACCCAUUUGAAAAACACGCAGGCAUGUUCAAACUCCCGCCUUGACAGCAACAGUAAUUUAUUGGCUGCGAAAUAAGAAAUUUUUCAUCUUUGUUUUAAUAACUGUUUAUUUUUUGUUUGUUUUAGGUGUUACUCAACAAGUCUUACCCAUACUAAAACGAAAGUUUGCACAGACCACAGCCAGCGGUCUGACUGAGUGUAACAAGUGUGACACCAGUACACCACAAAACAACGACAGUUUGAGCAGGCAACAGCUAGCGGUCUGACAGAGUGUAGCAAGUGUUACACUCAACUUCUAGAGCUGUUAAGAGAACUGAGAAACUUAAAGCUACCUUGAAGACUAACAUUGAAGCUAUCUUGAACUUAUAUAUAAACAUAAUAUAAAAGUAAUCUGAUAGUUAUAUUCAGAAUAAAUAAAGGGAUCGUCUACGCUUAGCGUGUCUCAUUUGCCUGCAUUAUAAUUUAUAAAUUUCCGGGGUUUUUUUAUUAUCGUGUGUUUUCUGUUGGUAGGUUCAAAUCUGUGAAGUCGUGGAUAUAAGACAAUAGUCAAUACAGUUAUACUUGAAAAAAUAGAAGAUGCGUAGCCAGGUUGAAACAUUAUUUAUUGAGCGUUCUCUGACUUAAUAUUUAUUUCUACGAGCUUUCGGCUAUCAGUCUAUAGCCUUCGACGGGUGUAUACAAAAAAUUAUAUACACCCGUCGAAGGCUAUAGACUGAUAGCCGAAAGCUCGUAGAAAUAAAUAUUAAGUCAGAGAACGCUCAAUAAAUAAUAGUUAUACUUGUCUAAAUUUUGCAAUUAUUAUAUCUAACAAUUAUACGAUAGCUCGAGUCGUACAAAUAACAACUAUUCACGAUGUGAAGUAAAGGUAAAUAGUGCAGGGAUGUCGCUUCAAAUAAAACAGAACAGUAUUUACACGCUUUUAGUAAUUUUAUUCAUUAGAAUUAGCUUUAAAGAAUACUUUUAGACUGCAUAUUAUUAAACAAGACUUUGUGGCUUUCUUCGUGUUUUGCGAAACCCAGCUUCGUUUAGUACAAAAAUUUGCUCGGAUGUACCCAAAACAUGGUUUUAACAUUUUGCCAUUUUUUUUCUGUUGUUAGAUAUGAAAACCUUGAUGUGGACAGCGCAGUAACUUGGCUACUUCUAAACUCAUCUUACUAUCAGUUUGAUGAGAUCCAUCUUCUAGGAUCAGCUCAUGUUGCUUUCAAAAAUCCUGCUAAUUCCCGAGCACAGAUCUCGAUUGAUAAUCAGAGAAUGUAUGGUGAUAAAUCAGGCACUUGGCAUAUUGGCUACAAUCAGAGAUUUGGCAUCAAUAUCACUGAUCCUGACACGCCAUUGAGCCUGCGAGUGUAUGAACAUGGUGAACUUUCGUUGCCUCGGAAGAGUUUUCUCAAAAGUGUGAGCGUGUUCCUUUCUGGCAAGGUAAUUUUAAUAUGGACACUUUCCCGUAAAACGGACUCUCCCCGCGAUCAUGUCAUUGCUAAAAUCGUUCGGCGUUUGACAGACAAAGAGAGAAUAUUGACAAGGGUUCUAGAUACCGUUUAAGUUUGGGUCAUAAACUGUAGUAAAGUAGAAACUUUUUUCAGUUUUAAGUGGAAUGGGCUGGCGUCUAUAUUUUUAAAUUAACAUGUAAUGGGGAUUAAGUCCAUAUUACAUAUAUAUUGUGGAUAACUCGACCAAUUCUGAGUUUUGUCGUUAAAGGUUCAUAAGGGUUCAUUACGGUUCAUAAGGUUUCAUCAAGGGUUCAUUAAGGGUUCGUAUGGGUUCAUCAGGGCCCAUAAUGGUUCAUAAGGGUUCAUAAGGUUUCAUUACGGUAUAAGAGGAAGCUGGAAUAGCAGGAGAAAACCUGCUCGGACAAACAGUGUCUUCUAGUGUUUCCUAUAUGGUCUCUCUAAUUCUGUUUUGUUUCAUAUUUAGUUGACUGGUUUGAAAGAAGUCUAUGUACUCCAUGGAGGUCGUCUCGAGUGUACAGCGGCAAGCUGUAUAGGUGCUCAAUGUAAUUCAUCAGAAUAUGACUUAAGAUUACUACAUGUUCAAGAUGAAGGUUUCGUAAAACUUGGUGACUCAGAACACAUGCCAGAACUGCAGAUGAACCUCGUCAACUUUACCGUGAGUAGCAAAUGUUUGUCAGUUUUAACAAAAUUUGAAAAGUACAGGUACUACGUGCAAUAGAUACCAUGUUGGAGAGGGUGUUAAGCUUGUAACAUAAUUACUAAAGAAACUUUUCAGCAGCUGCAAAAGUGAGCUGAAUUACGUCAUCAUGCAUUAAAAAGAUUUAUACUAUAUACAGUAAAAUAUAUUAACAAGUAUGCCAGAUGUACGGUACUCAUACGCUGGCAUUUCAAAGGAUUUCUGUGCGUAUGAAAAUUAUUUCAUUAAUUUUCAUACGGUUCUCAUACGUUUCUCUCUUACGCAAUAAUGUGAUAGGGCCUUUACGAAAGAACAAUAAGCCGUCCAUAGGUGACUUUGAACAAGACCAGUUCGCCUUCGGAUGCGAAGAACAUUAGCUUAGAAGCUUUCGAGGUGAUCUUAUCAACGUGUAGGUUCCAAGUAAGAUCUGCUGUAAUCCACACACCCAGAAGUUUGAAAGAUUUGACGGUUUCUAUCGUAUUACCGUUAAUACGCAAUGGUUCUAAUUCGAGUGGCUGUUUAAGGAAACUAAUCGGCAUUUCCUUUGUCGUUUUAACGUUAAUAUUCAUUCAAUUAGAGGAUGACCACGAAGUAAUUUGAUUAAUCUGGCUUUGGAGAUUGGAAUUGCAGUUCCUAUUUAGAAUUCCAGAUGCAGUACAGUCGUCAACAUAUUUAAUAAAUAUUUAAUAGUAGGAUCUUUAUUACUGGUUGGAAUUGCGGCAAGAUCGUUGAUCAUAACUAUAAAAAGUAUGGGACCAAGUUUAGUUCCUUCUGGAACUCCAGCAGGUUUAGGUAGCCAGUUAGAAAAUGCCUUUGUUGACGGUUGUGAAGAAAGUCAGCAAUCCAGUUGAUUAAUAAUGGAUGAACUUCAGGGGUCUGUAAUUUUCGUAAAAUGAUGUUGUGGUCUAUGCGACCAAAAAUUUUAGCAAAGUCAAUCAUACAUGUUCGAACAAUGUUUCAAGGUACAUCAAUUCCUUUACACCAAUCGUGAGUGAGCUUUAUAAGAGCAUGAGCUGUUGAUGAAUUGUUCAUGCAUCCAUACUGGUAAGGAUCAAGAGAGGGUACGAAGUGGUCCCAGAGCCAAUUACGAACAAAACGUUCAAGCGUUUUUCUAAGAACACUCGUAAGUGAGAUCGGUCGUAAAUCAUCUUCAACAGAACGAAUCACGCUUUCUUUAGGGAUUGGUAUAACGUCUGCACAUUUCCGCAGCAUUGACACAAAAUCUUCUUGAAUGAAGACGUUAAAAAUGUGACAGGUUGGAUCGGAUGAGAGAAAGAAUACAAUGUUUCUUUAGUAACCAGUUUGGAAUGUUAUCUGGGCCAAUAGAUUUCUGGGCCAAUCACUUUGGACACUGCCCACCAGGAUGAAAAAACUAUCAGGAAUAUUACCAAUAGGCUUUGGGCACUAUGAGUUAAGGGCAAUGUUGUUGUCGUUUGCUACAUUAGCAAACGCUUCAUUUAUAUAGUUAACUAAGGAAUGACCAGUUAGAAAUUAGAAUUUCAUUUUGGUGCAUGAUAUGAAUGGGUGAUUUCUUUUUGGAGGUACCUAAUAAGUCUUUAAUUUCAUUUCACCAGUUGUGUAAGAGUAUUGUGUAUCAUUUAAUCUCAUGUUAAAAUAUUUCCGUUUAGCUGAUUUACAAAUUUUAUUUAGUACAAGGUUUCUGUAAAACUUGAAGCAGGAUGACUGUUUAUUUAAAGACCAAUAUUUUUGCCUCUUUUCAACUGCUUCUUUGAUCUCAGGAGUUAUCCAAGGUUUAUCUGUCGGGUGCACUUUGAAUGAUUUUAUUGGGGAGUGCUUGUCAAUUAGUUUAUUAAUCUGUUCAUCUAGGAAAUAAUUAAGCUUUGACUGACACUUGGGAAGAUGGUAAAUGGGUGUCCAAUUGACUUUAUUGAGGUCAUCGUCGAACGGUUGUCUCCUACUAGGGGGUAUCUUCGAUUGCGAACCGUUUUGGCAGGUGCGUGAUGUGGAAGUUGGCAUGGUCUCAAGGCAACAGACGUUGUUAUCAGAUAAUCAAAUACUAUACUGUAGUUAGCUGAAAGACAUGAGUAUGAGGUGAAAAUGGUAUUCCUUUAAUUGUGUUGGGUCACGAUGAAUCUGAAUAAGUGAAUAAGUUUUCUAUAUAUCUACGAAGUAAUGAUGGAGUUAUAUAACUGGUUCAAUCGAACAGUUUAUAAACAUAAACAUUUACAAUAUUUACAAUAUGCAAUAUUUUUUUGUUGCAGAUUUACGGCGGAGGGCACUUCGUAUCUCAUGGUCGGCUCACAAUCAAUGCUUCAGAUACAGUGGCGGUGAACUCUGGCGGGAUCUUGGAACAGAAUCAUUCUGGUUACAAGACUGGGACAGGACCCGGUCAAGGAGCUGGACACGUGUCUGGCGGUUCAGGAGGGGGCUACGGUGGUAAUGGUGGACGCGGGGUUGGGAUUCUUCUAGCAGGACAAACAUAUGGAUCAUUGUAUACUCCUCAUCAUUUUGGAAGUCCUGGGGGAUUUGGCAAAGAUUAUGGUAAGUAUUUGUUUUAAUUCAAGUAAUUUAUGAUGUUUAACUAAGAAUCGAACCCAAAGCUUUUGGUUUAACAUGAUGGACCCUGAGCUGUUGAUAUGCCUCAUUAAUACAUUCUGAAGUAUGUGCAAAUACCCAAGUGGGAUGUUUAAUCCACUGUGAAAAAAGCUUAAUAGAUAACUAACAUCAACAAAAUAUAUACAACCCUACAUCCUGUGUGAUCUACAUAUUGUGAUGAAUAUGUUUUUGCUUUCAUUUCCAGGAAACCUUUACUACGGCAGUUACUACUAUCAGAGCACUAGUUCUCAAUCAAACCAAGUCACUAUUGGAGGAAUGGGAGGGAUUGGUGGAGGAUCUCUAAGGAUACACUCGAAACGUACUAUUAUUGAUGGGCGGAUAUCAGCCAAUGGUCAAAAUGCGCCCACUGGUGGUCAACGAAGUGGCUGUGGAGGUGGCAGUGGGGGAAGCAUUUGGAUUACAUGUGAUGAGCUGGAUGGUUAUGGAUCGAUUCAAGCACGUGGAGGAGCUGGCUCAACGGGUAGAGCAGGCGGAGGUUCAGGUGGACGGGUUGUCGUAAACUAUCGUGAUAUUCAUAAUUACAAUGGUUCGUUUUCUGUCCGAGGAGGGACUGGUCUCGAAGGUGGUGCAUCCGGGACUGUGUAUCUGGAACAAGGGAAUGGUACACACGUAACGUGGCGAAAACUAAUAGUUGAUAACGAGGGACUAUCACGGCCAAAGGCUGUAGAUAGGAAAGCGGGGAACUUGUUGAACUUGUUUAGUGGAGUAUAUAGUGAUAUCAGUCAAGUUGGUACAGUGACAUGGCUUAAAGAAUCAAACAAUUACACGUUUAACGAACUUGUUCUGCAAGGAAAUUCACAUCUUGGUAUCUAUGGUAACGCCUCUCGUGGGCAUGUGAGCCUGAAAGUACAUGUUUUGACUGGAGAUCGUUCAGCAGUUUUACACAUUGGAGCAUUGCAAGAAGUUCAUUUCCGCGAUAUUGAUGUAUACUUUCCCGUGAACACGUUUGUGUACCCUCGUGGCUCAUUAUUUCUUCCUAAACGUGUUUCGUUACGUGAAGUUUGGAUGUACGUGAAUGGUUCCGUCUCGGACUCGGAGGAAUACGUGGUAGAUAGGGAUGGACAGCUACAUUUGUGGUCAGGAGGAAACAGUGAGGGUGAACCAGAAGGAACAUUUGUAUUUGUGAACGUCAGCAUACGUGCUCGUGGUCGAUUAUUUGCCACCACCUUGGCUGGACAUGGUAAGAUGGCGGUCCAUUGUAACCGAAUGGUGAUCAAUGCUGGUGGGAAGUUCAUAUCCAAUGAUGUCCAUCUGACUGCUGUUAAUAUCACUAUUGAUGCGGCAGGUUAGUUUCCAGCCAAGUUAUUUAUUAAAAUGUUCUUCUGUGAUCAUUAUUCUUCUUCAUUGAUUAUUAAAUCAAAUGUUCAUUUGUAAUUCUUAAUGUUAAUUUCCCUGAAGUUGAUACUGAGAAUCGCUAUUGAUGUUGCAAGUCAGUAGUAUUCAAUCUUGCUCAUUUUUAACCAUUGAUUUCGUUUGUGUCAAAUGAUGUUCAUUUAUAAUAACUACAAUAUUUCCCUCAAGUAUUUUUUUCUUGUUUACUGAUGCUUUGUUUUAUCUACGAAAUAUUUAUCAGCAACAUUCGUGUUUUCUUACUAAUCGCUGACAAUAAAUUUUAUCCAUCAAACACACCCAUGCUUGCAAUGAUGUACAUUAAUGUUCACCAAUAUUUGUUUGUAUUCAAAGACAUCCGUUUAUAUCUAACAUUGUAUGUAUGUAUUCACCAACAUUAAUUUCUACCGAUGUUCAAUUUUAUCCAUUCAGAUUCAUUUAAUUUGUUUCGCCGUACGUUAAUCACUUUUUUCAGGUGAAAUAACCUCCAGUGGGCUGGGUUACGCUGUUGGAAAAGGACCCUCAUAUAGAAAUGGCUCGCGCCCAGGCUCCGGCGGAGGUCACGGUGGUAACGGUGGUCGAGAAUUGUAUCAACUACAAUCUCCAUUGGCUUAUGACUCCAUCUACACACCUACCGAGGCGGGCAGUGGGGGAGGCGGAUCCCCUGGAGGAGGGAUUAUAAAUAUCAAUGUCAGUGAUUUGUUCAGAGUCGAAGGAAAUGUCCGCGCAAAUGGGUUUGGGAAGAAUACUGGGGGUGAGUAUUGAUAAAAGGUGUAAAAGCCUGCAAAAAAGGAUCGCUAGUCUAAGAAUGUUCUACAUAUGUUUUAUCUAAUGGGGAAUCUACGACAGAGAUUUGGAGAAUGAAAAUUACAUUUCUUGAUCGAUUUUCUCUUGACGACCUCUUUUUAAUGUCACUGUAAUGAACGACUUCCAAAUUCCGAAUUCCUUUUAAAUUCUGUUUAAGGAGGCUCCCUAAAGUAGCGUGCGGGAAGUUCGCGGGACCAGUACGUGAACUAUCCCACGCAACCGCAUGAUCAAAACGGCAAAACAAAAAUUGACCAGGCUUUUUGUAAAAAAAAAGCUAUUUCUGAAAGGUUUCUAAUGGAAAAAAGCGUUGAAUAAUACUUCGUUUUGAGUGCCAAAUCACUUGCGAGUCUAUACAGCAAUUCUACAUAUGAUACGAAUACGAAUAUCACUAGACCGAAAAUAGCUACGAAACAAUGUUUUUUAAUUUUUUAAAAUUUACACUGUCAACUGUAAAACAUUUGCAAAAUUGCAUACAAACGUUUAAAAAGUUGUUUACUUCUCAAGAAAACGUUCACGGUUUUAGUCGUGUUUCUACGAGAUUAAAGUGAUUAUAUGUAAACACAAAAAUAUUUCAGUUUCAUAGCCUAAUUGUUCAUUUUUAGCAAAAUGUACAAAACCAAACAUGAAACAAAAAAACACGUCCACCUGUUAAAAGGCUGACUUACAGCUCAUAGUUUGAGUAAACGGCAGGGUUCAAUUAGCUUCAACCUUAAAGAGGUUUUGUUGUUUCACCGAUUUGAUCCUUCGCAAUAAUCCUUGGCUGUCCAUGGCACUCAAAUAAAUCGAAAAGUUGACAAAAACAAAACAGUAAAAACAACAUUGUCGCUCGAUUUUUUGCUGAAUGAAAGCUCGUUCUGCGCCCGCGUACAAUCUUUUACUAGUCAGCGACGUUUUUCAAUAAGGGGAAUUUCUCGAGUUACACGAGGCUAUUUUCUAACUUUAUUUGCAUUUUACUCAUUAGUUUCAUCGGUGAUCUAUCUUCAAAUUUUGACCACGAAUUUUGUUUUGCGGUAAAUUUUAUAAAUUUAAAUUUUUAAAAAAAUCAUUAGUGUGGAAAUUUCGCAAUAAAAUUUUCGCUUUUAAAAAAAUCACACACUACAGAAUUUUUUUAAACUUUCACCACAGUUGCAGAGCAUCAUUCCCUAUUGAUAUAUGAAAUAAAAAAGAUAGGUCACCGACAUCGUUUUUGAGAUAGCGGCACAUUUAUGGGUUAAAUUGGAAGGUUUUAUGCUGUCGUCAUGUUGCCAUGGGAACAUUGACGUUGUCGAAAUCUAGUUCGAAAUAUUCCUUAGGUGACCAAUAUUGCCACCAAGUCGAAAAGAAUUCGCGUUCUGCACGAAUAAGCCUGUUUUACGGAAUUAUUGCGUAAACAAGAAUAACUGUAGGGAACACCUUAAUUGAAAAGUGAUUUCAUUUAUGGAUCUUUAAUACAGCUGUGGUCUCUAGACAACGAUUGGGCACUGGUUUUGUAAAUUCUGAACGCUGACUGGCUACGAGCCGUGGUGAUAUAACUCGGAAACGUCGGAAAAUUUCUUUCUUUAUAUCUCUUUGUGCUAUAUUAUAAAACAAAUAUAAAACUUACAUUUUUUCCGUAUUCAUAUAUAGUUAUAUCAACACUCGUGGAAAUUGGGAAAACUCGAAAUUGUGUGAAAACACUCCGCCCUUCGUGCGUUGUGUUUCCACGCAAUUUCUCGUUUUUCCAAUUUCCACUCGUGUUGAUAUAACUGUAUAUCAACACGGAAAAUGUUUUAUAUUUGUUAAAUCUUGCCUUGUUAUAAUUCUCGUUAUCGCAGGUGGUGGUGGAGGCACAGUCCUGGUACGUACCAAUCAUUUCGAUGGCAUGGGAACAAUAGAAGCAAGUGGUGGAGAUGGUGCCACAAGGACCACGAGUGGUACCCAGGGUGGCGGAGGUGGGGGAGGCAGGAUAGCUGUAUAUCAUUCUGGGAUAAAUACUUUUAUUGGAAGUCUUCAAACGUAUGGUGGAGAAAGUUUAGCUGAGAGAGGAGGUAAUUUAAAUUCCCUUUGUUUUCUUUAGCGAAACAGCAUAUUUAUUGAUAUUUAUAUAAUAACGUUAAGAAUUCAAGCACUUUCAUUGGUCGAGAGCCGGUCAGACGCACGGAAUUACGUCACACAAAACCUUAUACAAUAGCAUUCCCUUAUUUGUAUAAAUCAUGUACGUGUGAUUUUUGUAAAAUUUCGACUUUUUCAAAUUUCCAAAUGUUUGGGUGGAUAAAAAGUAAGUAGCCUGCGAACAGACUCUCAAGCUGAAUUGAGAGCCUGCAUCGAUGACUAAUGAAUUUGAAUAUCUGCCCCGUAACGUUCGUUUUUCCAAAUAUGGAAUGUCUGUUCUUAUUUGGAGUUGUUUACAACUUUCGUGCAAACUAAAUUUAGACCGUGCAAACUAAAUUUAGACCGUACAGUUUAUACUGUUUUUCGAAAUAUAAGAUAUUAAAGCAAAAGUUCAAAUGUUUUAAAUACUGUUUUCUCAAAACAGAACAUUUCGUGCUUUGAGAUAAGAUGGCCAAGACCAAUUUGAUCAGUUAAUGUGUUUUUUAUGCAUAGUGCUUCAGCAUUUGACAUAUAUAGAGCUCAGCGGAAACAUAUAAAUUAUAGCAUCUGACCAAUGAGAAUUUCGCGUCACGAUUUGAGACGCAGAUAUUCAAAUUCAUUAGUCAUCGAUGCAGGCUCUCAAUUCAGCUUGAGAGCCUGUUCGCAGGCUAAAAAGUAAGCUAUUUACCUGUCUAAUUCCGAGGCCAAGUCUGUUCGAGUGUGUGGUAUUCCGGAACUAAGUCGAUUCCCACCGUGGUCAGGCUAACUUUUCAGCCUGCCCGGUAUUGAUAUACACUCAGAGUAACAUCAAAAACAUUAUGUUCACCUGAGUACAUAACAUCAAAAUACACACAAAAAAUCAAAAUCUUAUGUAUUUGUUAAACACAUCUUAGGCUACGUUUCUUAAUCGAUUUGCUCGAGGUGUUUUUAAUGUCACUGUAAUGAACGAUUUCCAGUGUCGUCUGUUAUAGAGAUUAUGUUGCCUUGAUAUACACUGGAAAUCGUUCAUUACAGUGACAUUAAAAACACCUCGAGUAAUUUUUGGUUCUUGGACUACCUAUUUAGGUAGUCCAAGAACCGAAUAAGUGGUACGGUACCAAAAAUUGAGCGCAGUGUAAACGGGGCUUAAUAUAACUUUUGAAAUUAGGGAAGAAAUUUUGUUUAAUUAAAAGGUGAUUUCAUUUAAUUAAAAGGUGAUAUCGUUUAUGGAUGUUUAAUACAGCUGUGAUCUCUAGACAACGAUGCGGCACUGAUUUUUUCUGUAUUUAUAAAAAACAUUAUAUUCACCUAAGUACUGUACAUAACAUUAAAACACACACAAAAAAAUCUUUCGUAACCCCCGAUCUUCGUCAGUGCAACUAAUUUGGCGACGAUUCAGGCUUUCAGUUUGAUAUCAAUGUGAAAGAAAUAGGCAUGACAUUUUCAACAAAAUAAAACAGUUAUAUUUAUCGCCAUGUAAUGCAAAUAUGAACCUUCUUAUUCCUUUGUUAUUUUGUUUUGACGGUUAAUACUGAAAGAUACAUUUUAAGGAAGAAUUUUGCACAAAAUAAUUUCGUUUCAUUCAUACACUAUUACAUACAAUAGUUAUUGGUUGAUCGAGAUUUUAAGUUUCGACUUAAUAAUCAAAUAAUGCACUCAGUUAUGACAUAGCUUUCGUUGAUAGGGAUAUAACUACCUGAAAAAUACAAGGAGAAAUUUUACGUUUCGAGCGGAGGCCGUUCGUGGGAAGCUAGUCGCUAAUAACUUCCCGACGAAGAGCCUUCGCUCGAAACGUCGAAAUCCUUAUAUUUUUCAGGUAGUUGCGUCCCUACCAGCGAAACCUUUGUUAUUAUUGGGAUUAUACCUACACUGGCACAGACCGUUCAGUUAUAACAUGGUUAAUAAAUUUAGAAAUUAAAUUUUAAUACGAUUCGAGAGCAAAAUACAUUUCUGUAUUACUUUUCCAAGGUUCUGGAACAGUGUACAUUCAAAACGACAGUGGUAAUACAACUCAAAGACAACUCAUCAUAGAUAACGGUCACACCACUGCAUCAUCUAAAAUCGUUGAAGUUCGACAGUUGUUUAUCACUGAUACAAGACAUUAUCGUUAUUAUGUCACAUCGUAUACAUCACCCGAGGGUAUUAAUCUCCGUACAAGUGGUCCACCACAUUGUCUAAGAGUUUGGCAAUCCCAAUGUCUCGCGGGAAAUGGGCAGUUGUCUUACGUAUUUUCCGGGACCAAUAAUUUUUACUACACUACAUCUUCGAAACCUGAAUUGACCUAUACCUUCCCAUAUCCCAUAACCAUGAAUCAUUUGAGAAUAUUCCCACAAUGCAGUUCGGGAUAUUGGACAAAUUAUCGAGUCCAUGCCUACCUGGGUUCUAAUAAAGUAUUCGACCAGGGAUCGUGGACUGAAACCGAGUUAUGUAGUCAGGGUCAAUAUGGCAAAGUUGAAAUACAAAAAGAAGUUAAUAAGGUGGGAGAAAAGAAUGUAUUUCACUGGUCUAGUAAUUUAGGUAUGGCGUCCUUGUUUCGCCAUUACGACUACCGAUCGUCAUUUGCAACUAAAGACGAUGAAAAACAUUGUCUAUUCUCACCUUAAACUUUUAUGAUUUGAGAGGUUUUAAUCUGGUCAGCCAACAUUCUGUCGCUAGCCUCACUCUGAUAGGCUGGACUAAAUUUUUUCAGCGGCUGUUCAGGCUAUAGUAAUUUAGUGAGAUUCCCUUUUCUUUUAGAUCGUAAUAUCGCUUUCGAAAGUUUCCACUUAUUCGGCUAUGAACGAGGUGCAGUUAUUUAUUCAAGAAGUGUUCCCUAGAACAUCGCAGGCUGUGAUUCAAACACCCGAAGCCUGGAUUGUAAAUGAAGAUGAAAACGAAACUGAAAAAGAAUUAUUGAAGUUCGACAAGGUAUAAAAUAUUGUUUAAAAUUAGCUUUGGUUGUAAGUUCUGGUUAAAGUCGUGCCUCAUCUGUGCACAGAAUAUAAACUCACGUGAAAGCUGAACGCUACUUCCUCCAAACUAAUCACACCAAAUAUUCAUGUUUUCAAGAUGAUCUUACGUCGCGGAGGUCGCUUGAGCUGGUCAGGUGAAGGAGUACAUCUUGGGAUAGACGAGUUGGAUGGAGAUGGAACAGGGUCAAUAAAUGUUCGUUCUACACAACAACUCUCAGUAACCCAUACUACAAGCUUUUUCAAGACAGAACUCUUAGCUCAUGUCGACUCCACAUUAAAUCUACCUAAAGACUUCAAUUGUCACUCAGUGAAUGUUGUGGUCCGAGGCGCUGUAAAUGCCCUGGAGAAAGUCACCGUUGGUCCGCAGUGUUUGUUCUCUCUAGAGAGGGAGGGCGAGAAACUAAAUUUAACCAUGAGUAAGUUGGUGGUUCAGACUGACGGCCGCAUGAAAUUAAUGGCAAGACAUGACGAGGUUGUGCUGCAGGGGAUAUCUUUGGAUAUUCGUGGUGGUGCUAGGGUAAGUUUGCAUGUUAAAUGUUAGAAGGUGUUCUAAUUGCCUGAAAUGAAGAUGUGACGAAUUGUUGCCAUGAGGUUCAGACCAGCUUUAGACAUGUGUAAAAAAGAUGGUGUAGCAUUAACCUAUUUUCUUACUUGGUGGAGCAAACCAGCACCUAACAGUACAUAAGGUACAUUCUGCUUCAUAUUUGAGGCCCAUUGCUGUGCAUAUUUUACUAGUUUACCUGAAUUUCAGAACAUGAAACAAUUGUUUUGUUUUCAGCUUGAAGUAAAUAAACUAAAACUGGAUUUCACGAACAUCACCUUGGAGCCUUAUUCCACGUUGUCAGCGGACAACCAGAUCAUGCCCUCCACACUUCAUGUAGGAGAUGGUAAGUCUCACACUUCAGGAAGUAGUGGUGCUGGUCAUGGUGGUCAUGGUGGUGUUGGCUCAGGUCAAACUUUAGUUGGAAUUUCAUACGGUUCGUUCCGAACACCACGAACAUCUGGCCGACCUGGUGCCGCUCCUGUUUUUCCUCGUGUACCCGGCUAUGGUGGAGGAGUCCUGGAACUAGUUGCUCAAAAUACAGCUCACAUUGAUGGUACAAUUUCUGCAAGAGGUGGUUCUGCUAUUUCCCCGCGAGGGAGUGGUGCGAGUGGCGGCAGCAUUUUAGUUUAUGGUAAACAUCUUCGUGGGCAAGGUUUGCUUGACGUUUCCGGGGGAGAUGGGGACAAAGCAUAUAGUGGGGGUGGUGCAGGUGGAAGGAUCAGUAUUUACACAGCUGCUAAUAAUUACAUAGGCCAGUACCAGGCUCUUGGCGGAGAAAGCAAUAUUGAACCGGGAGGAACUGGAACUGUGUACUUAGAACGGAUCACUCAAAACGCUACUGACAAUAUCGAGGUUUUGGCGCACCGUAAUGUAUACAGGAAUGAAACAGAAUUUGAUAUCCAGAAUAGAACACUAUAUAUCAACGCUUAUGGUCGACUACCGCGUUACCCAGACAGAAACCUGAGUUCUAGUUUUGAUGAUCUCACACAAAAUGCAUCCGCGCGCACGUGGUUGACCCUUGAUCCUGAAGAUGACAACAUUAAGUUGAGUGAAUUACAAAUCUACGGUGGAGCACAAGUACUAUUUAUCAUCCCUCAAAAGCCGAGACAUCCAUUGUCUAUAACUAUAACCAGAAUGCAAGGCGAUCGUACUGGUUCGUUCUUCAUUGGUUACAAUCAAUCUUUUCUCUCUCUGGAAUCCGAUCUGCCAUUCAAUAUGGUGAUCUACCAGGGAGGUGUUACCACUAUGCAAGGUGAGCUGAUAGUUGCCGGGGUAACUGUUGACGUCGAUGGUAUAUUACAGAAAUGUCAAAAUAUCACCAUUGCUGACCGUGGUGUUGUGAAGAUGAAGGAAAUGUAUGAUUUCCGUGGAAGGUCUACCAAGGUAUGUCAACAUUUUUUAUUCAAUGUAAUCCGCCCUUCUUCCGUAUACUUAUUUAGUAGUUUGAAAACACUGCGAAGCCAUUCUACACGGUAAGUAAAUUAUGCACAAAAGAAAGGCAUGCUUUUCAAAAUGAGAGAGAAUUCUCUUUCUUGAUGCGUCAUAUCGUACUGUCCUGCUUAAAUACAAAUUCAGUGGGUAUAUGUACUUUGUCCUGCUGUUGAAUGACGGGAAAAUGUUGUGUUAAAAAAACGUUGCCAUUGUUGAAACUUGAAACGCUGCAUCGAGAUAGACAGGACCUAUAGGCCUAAAUGAAAUUGAAAGUAUUUUUUUAAUAAUUCUAAGAACAUUUGCUGCUUGGUUAAUAUGUGUUUUUACUUGAGAAAACUUUCUUCCUACGUUUAAAACACAUUUCAAUGAUGAUAUUCUUUUUUAAGACAUUUGAUUUUGAAGAGAUCAGUAUCCGUAACCAUGGUACAAUGACCGUUACGAACCAAGACAACAUCCGGGAAUUCAAUGGGCGAUCUAUUUAUGUGCAUGCGGGUGGAAGGUUGUCAGCGGUUAAUCUUCAUGUGAAUGCAAUUAAUGUGACAGUGGAUGCGCUGGCUGUGUUUGAAGCAACUUUAGCUGGUCAGAACUUUGAGUUGCCAGGUAUUGUAUAAGUUUAGAAAGAAGUGCUGUAAAUGAAAACUUUAAAUGUGAGGUUUCACGCCCCACGACGUAGAUAUAAGAAAUUGUAAAUGUCUGUUUGAUAACUCUCUUGGCCAGGUUUUCCACUCGAAACGACAAAGGGUUUUUAACACGAUCAACACGAUCGUACCACCUCAAUUUUAGCAGUUUUGCCACCAGCUCUUGACGUUUUACCAUAAUAAUUUUGAUUACAUUUUCAGGGCCAGGCAAGGGCGCUGAUUAUAUCCCAGGAUUCCAAGCGGGUGGAUCAGGAGGAGGUCAUGGCGGGCUCGGUGGUAGAGCGGUUGCACGAAUGUUGUCUGGGCCCACCUAUGGAUCUGUAUUUAAACCACUUGAAUUUGGUGAGCAACAUGUUUCCGAUCCUUAACUUAUAAAUGUGAAGUGAAUUAGAUUAUAAUUUAUGAGAUAAUAACUUGAAGCAUGGUUCAGAAAUUCUAUGAAAGAACAAAACAAUUUAGUAUCUAUGUUUCUGCACAAAGUUGACUAUUGUAGUUAAAUCUGUGUUUUAUUAUGCGAUACGUGAUGUUAUACAUGUAUACAGUAUUGCUCUAUCUAGUGAUAGUAUAACAUCAGGGUAUUUAUCUUUCAACAGGAAGUUCUGGUGGCAAUAGUUUGUAUGAACGUGGAGGGGUAGGAGGGGGUGUCCUCUUCCUAAAUAUAUCCCACCGUGUCACAGUGAACGGAGAUCUUUUGGUCAAUGGGCAAAAUGCCUUGGGUAGAUACGCCGGUGGUGGAAGUGCUGGGAGUAUAUAUGUCGUAACACAGCGGCUGGAUGGCAGUGGAAAAUUGCAGGUUAAAAUUUUUGUUUUUUAUAGUCGGAAUUAAUUAAACGCUGUGUUCUUGUUCACAAAACUCUUGUUGUUUUUGUGUCGCCAUCUUGUUUUUGCUACUCGCGACAUAUGAGCUGAUAUACGGCGAUCAAGUAGUCAGAUUGACUAUCAUAGAUGACUAUAAAUAUUAUAAAUGGACAUAUUAUUUCCAAUUGGCCCACUGGAGUAACCUUUUUGCACCCAGUUCAUAUAAUAUUAGAUUUGACACUCAGGUCAUCUUACAUACAAUUUAUUUCAGGCAAAUGGUGGUAAUGGGUAUAAUAAUGGGCACCGAGGGGGAGGUGGAGGUUCUGGUGGUAGGAUAGCGGUGUAUUAUAAGGAUAAUGAAGAUUAUGAUGGAAUAUUUGAAGCUUAUGGUGGGUUUGGCAACGAGGAGUACGGCGCAGCUGGAACAAUAUACCAUCAACAUAUGACGUCAUAUAAUGUAACAAAGAGGAGCUUAUAUGUAAAUAACAAUGGCCAUGCACCACAAACAGAGCGAGUGACCGAGGUAGGUUUUAUACAGGGUGUAUCAAAAUAAACGCAAUUCAUCUUUUGUGCUUAAUAACUUUCGAAAUACUAUUUCUAGUUAAACGCUUUUAGGCUUACUUCAAAGCCUGUUCUUUUCUCUUUCAAACAAACUAUUAUCCUUGUCUCCAAUGCUAGUAAUAAUUGCACAGGAAAAGAUUUAGUAAAACCUAUCAUUUUUAGUUGCUGUUUAAUUGCAAGUUUACUAUGUUAUUGUUUAGUCGGUUUAAAUGUUAGAAUUUUCUUCUUUAAACUUCAAUGUUAUCGUCACUACAUCUGGAAAACCACGUAAGAACAAAUUAAAAGUAUUUUAAAAGAGACCAGGUUAUUUGAAAAUCUAAACGAAUGCUAAAAAUCGUCAAAACAUUCUGGUGUCUGAGCCAAAGUGUCAUCGAAUUGCGAUGUAAUGUAAACAGAAAUUAUAGCAAGUUGAUGUCAGUCAGCUUAGAUGGUCCAAGCCAAAAUUAUAUCGCAUUUGAAGUUUCAAACCGAGUUAAAAAUAGUAGAAGAAAAGCCGUAAUUAUACUUAUUGUUACAAUCCAUUUAAUAAAAUGCAACAUUUGUUUGUUUUAAUGAAAAAAUCAGUUAUUUUCAUGAGAACGAUUUGUUAUUCCAUCUCAAUUUUUUUAAUCUCCAAUCGCAAUAACGUAAAGUAUUAUUACCCGCGAACCAAUGAGUCAAAUUUAAGAAACAACUCACUGUUAGAAAGCUGAAUGGCUACGCUUUAAAAUGCAUGUAAACUUUAACGUUUUCGUCUAUUAUUUGUUUAGCAAUUUACAUUUCAGUCGAGGAUUGCGCUUUUUUUGAUACACCCUGUAUAUCAGACAUUGUACUCUGGUUUUAUUAGCUUUCAUCGCUAGGUUACAGAUUCUUAAUGCGCCUGAAUUGCCUGAAAAAAGAUUAAAAGGUACUUACAUUUCGAGUGAGUUUAUUUAGUGAUAGUUCAGAAUAAAAUCCAGCCAAAAAAUCCAGCAGUUCAGAAUAAAACCCAUGUACAAGCCCAUCAAAAAUUAUUACGAACGAAUAUAAGCCCAGAGCUCAUAUAUUUAUGGUAUAAAUAGAACGACCUUAAAUUAUGUAACAAUUACUGUAUCAUACAUAUUUGGUAUUAUUUGUUUAGAAGACGUCCGUUAGAUAGGCCCAAACUAAGAUAAUUGCAUGAUUAUCUGGGCAUUCUGUAAUGCGAGUAUUCCGGCAAUGACACAACGACAACAACAAUAACAACAGCAGCAGCAACGACAACGAUAAUAAUAGUUUUUUAACUCCUUGUACAUAGCUUUGCAGCAUUAGUUUCUUUUCAGUUUAUAUUCUUGUACACACCCCGUUUGGAAACAACUUAGGUUGACAUGGUAAACGUGUUUAAAGGAGUUAUUUGCUUCAGCGAAUAAUCAAUUUAUUGCUUCCGUGGGAAUUUUGUAGGGAUAUUUAGGGAUUCGGGGUAGCACGCAAAAUGGGGGUUAUGGAGGGAACCUCGCAGGGAAACUCGUUCAACCAGUUUUAUUUCCCGUGGAAUUUUGCAACACAUCAGUGAAUUUCCGUGUCACGCUUCACGUGCAUCUUGGGCCUACUAUAUAAAAACGUUGAGCGUUAACAACUCAAGAUCAUUCACAUUUGGCUUCGCAAGGCAAGUGUUCAAGUCCUCACAAGUUUUCCUUUCCCUCCCGCCCUCCCUUGCCUCAUUUUGCGUUCUACGAUACAUGUUACUGGCGGUUUUUGUAUAUGGGGCGUUUUUUAACACCCCACCUUUUCUGUGCUAUGCAUGAAUACUAAAUUUGUAACAUUUAUCUGUAAUUUGUUAUUUUUGUGUUAAUCAUUAAAUCGGCAUUGUGCUCCUGCACAUUGCCAUUAUUUUAUCCAGAACGGUGUACUGUCAUUGAUCUUUUGCAUGCAGUCCUUCGCACAGAAAACGGAGCUCGUUAGGCUGAUAAAUUGCCGCUAAAGUUUAGGUUUUAUGCAUUGCUUGCUACCGCGGAAGCGAUAAAUGAAGUUUUUACUGCUAAUAAUAAUCUUUUACGUUUUAGCUCUUUGAAUCUUUGAAGUUAUCUGGCGGCUCAGGUGGUACCCGGUCCUCCAGAACAUACAAAGCACGCGAGGGUAUCACCAUAACAACCAAUACUCCACCAAUAUGGUUAAAUUAUGAUAAUUAUCUUCAACUUUACAACGUUUUUGACGGCAGAAUAAAUACGUGGUAUGCAGCCAACUCUACAUCUGCUAUGUUGACAAUCACUUUCUCCCAGCAAACAUGGUUACAACGUAUCAGAAUAUACCCGGUAAAUAAAUUAUCUGUUAAUAUGUAACGCCUUAUUAAAUUGUGGUAAUUUAAUUGGCUGAUUAUGAUCACGUGAUAUUGAAUGGAAUUUCCCAUUUUAUUGAAGGUGCGAUGUAACGCGAUGAUCGACGUGUGAUGCGAAAUUAGCCUGGGGCGAACACGUUUUUUUGUAAAAAUUGAAGAAAAAGCAUAAUUUGAUAUGCCUUGAUUUUAUAUACAGUACUAGUUAAAACAUGAACAGCAGUGUUUAUCAGAUAUAAAGACACGAGGCGAAGCCUAGUAUGAUAUAAAACACGCUGAUAAAACACUCACUGCGAAUGUUUUAAAUUGCUUCAAAAACGACCAAUUUAGUAAGUUCAUUGGUGAAGUAAUUUUCAAAAAAUACGUUGUUUAAGUCGAGAAAAUAAAAGUUAAAGUUUUCGUUGUGUUUUCCUCAUGAAUUAUUAAUGAGUUUUUGAAUGCUGAACAUUUUUAGUGUGAAUACACACUGAAUAAUAUAUCUUCAGCAUCACUCUGAGUACGGAAUUAUUUUGCAUUUAGCAAAUGUUAUUUUCGAUAAUUCGCGUGGAGGCAAAAUUUCAAAUGAGAAUGUCUAUUGUGAAUUUACAUUAUGAUUUACUGUAAGAACCUACGAACUCAGGCAUGUUAAAAUUGCUCACAAGUAUCGUUAAAGUUGGAAUUUAUUCUUAAGAAUUAUCAUGGCUGAAAUUUGUCCCUUUUUAAAGCCUCUUUUCAGGAUGUUUAGCCAGUGUAAUUUUAAUUGUCUGCAAAAAAUAGGGAAGAUGCUAUAUUUAACUAACCUCUGAUUUUUUUGCGUCUGUUUAAUGCUGGGAUUAAGUUUUAUGUAUGUUGAAACAGGAUUUUAAAAUGUUACUUAAACAAUACUCUGUCACCUUAUUUUGUUUAUAGACAUGCACACCAGAAUAUCGUGUCAGUUAUAAUGUACACAUUACCACACAGGAAACAAAGAUUAACCUAACGCCUUCAAAUGUCUCAUCCAGCGGUUGCUUCAAUACUAGCGUAUUUCAAGACACUAAAAUCAAUAGUGAAAUAACAUCAAUAGAAAUCAAGCUUCAAGCUUUAGAGAAAUAUGUCUCGUUGUCAGAAAUUAAAUUAUUUAUCGGUCGAGAUACUGGAGAUUUCAAUGAAAGGAACAUCGUUCAGGAUAGUGCAAGAACAUGGUUGGUUCCUGAAGACGACCAGUCCGGUGGAUUUGAGGUUGAUUUUCUGCAUAUAAGUGGUUCUGCGCAUGUCGGAAUAUUACCACAGCCAUCACACAACGGUAGUAUAGUGGUUGGUGAGGUGGGUGGUGAUCAUACUGGCAGUCUUCAUGUUGGUUCUCAACAGACGGUGAAUAUAUCAACCCAAGAGAUGACAGUGUUGCCGUUCAAUAUACAGACUUAUAAGGUACAACAAGUUACAUUUUAUUUUCGUUGCGCUAAAAAACUUGUGACUCUAAAACUGUUGGAUAGUUAGUUAGUCGUUUAUAGAUUAGUUAAUAGUUGGAUAAUUGCUUGGAUACUAGAUUCUUAAAUUAUUAAAUUAUGUUGAAUAUUUAUUGGUUAGUUAGUCAGUAGGUAUAGGUUUUCACUAGUAUAGGUUAUUAAGUUUGUUAUGGUUAAAAUAAAUUGAAUUCGUAAGUGUUUAGGCAACAUGUUCGGAGCUCAUUAUACCAUUCUCUACCUUUCAAAACUAGAAAUCUACGAUUGUUCUUCCUGAAGAAAUACAUGUCACAAAUGGCGUGUUUGUCACAAAAGGAGAAAUAUUGGGGCUAAAACGAUUACGAAUUGACGAAAAUGGCGUGUUUAAUGUUUUCCCUGAAGCAAGUUUAAACACAGAGAUACCAAACAGUUUAAAACUCGACAGCUUACACGUAUUUACAGGCGGAUUGUUCCACCAGUCGCUGGGUGAUUUAACAAUCGGAGAACUGAAUGUAACUCUAACAGAUGAUUUUGUCGUUAAUGCUUAUGGUACGGCGGAUAUCAGUGGACUUUCAGUCCAGGUAAAUAUCAAUGAUUUUAUUGUUUAGUUGUGAAAAAUGAUCCUUGCGCUGUUCAAAGUGUGCAACGUUCAAUUUGAUUUGAGGCAAUCGUAUAUGACCAGUUUCUGGAGUAUCCGUUGAUUGUUGCAUGUUUAGUACUAAAGAGACCACGAAUUAACACGUGCUGAAUACGGCAUCGACGCAGCUGAAAAGACUCGACUACAGAUGUUGGAAUGUAGUAAAAUGUCCUAUAAUAUUUUUCUCUAACAGGCAGGAAAAAUUCAACUUGACACAUCAUCCAUUUUGACUGCUCGUGGCCGUGGCUAUCCCUCAGCUCAAGGGCCUGGAUCUGGGGUUUCAUUCUUGCAAGGUGGCUCAGGAGCAGGACAUGGCGGUACAGGGGGACGUGGAAAUCUAACAAGAGUGGGGGAGGCUUAUGGUUCUGUGACUCGACCUCGGGAAUUUGGCAGUGGUGGAGGACGGGGUACUCGUGAUUUGGUAUGUUAAUGGAGAUAAAUCCUAAAAAUAUAACAUGUGCUUUACAUGUAUUGUCAAUUUUUCCCAGAAAUAUUGCAUCAAGGAGACUGAAAAAUAUUCAUUAAAAAAACUCAAAACUUUAAAACUCUAAAACGCAUUAUCUAAUUUUGUAAACCUUGUUUGAAUUAUGUUAUGUGAUAUUUGAGAAUCAUAUACAUUAGCAAAAAAGAUCAAUUAUAUUUCAACUCAGAAAUUAUUGCAGAUGUUUUGCAUAUUGUAUGACUAGAUCUAAUACAACCUUCCGGAAAGUACGUCAAUACAGCUUUGUAGCCUCGUUUUCGUGUUUUUUACAUUAGUAAAGCCAAGCGGUGCAAUCACGAAAACGAGGCUUUACAGCCAAUAUUUUGGCAGCGAGCAUUGUUUUCAUUGCAACAUCAUAUACAGAGCUUUUCCUAAUUAACAGCGGUUUGCCGUUAAUUUCAAUCUUAAUGUGACUGAUGACUCGUUUUCCCCUGCAGCCAGGGGGAGCAGGCGGUGGUGUCGUCGCUCUUCAAGCACAAGUCAUCAAUAUUGAUGGUACCAUUGACGUCAGUGGAAGUGACGCUCAAGCCGGAGCUGGUGGCGGAAGUGGUGGGAGUGUUCAGAUAUUGGCUGACAGGUUUAUAGGAAAAGGUCGACUGCUUUGUAAUGGCGGGAAAGCUGUGAACAACGGAGGAGGUGGCAGCGGUGGACGACUCAGUGUUCAUUGCAAUGAAACUGAGUUCAGCGGUAGAAAUUCUGCCCUGGGUGGAGCAAGUACUGUUGAGCCUGGGGGACCGGGGACGAUUUAUCGCAAAAUUGGAACAGGAUAUGAAACAUUACGUAAUCUGGAAAUAAACAAUGGUGGACAUGUACCUGUUGACAAUUAUCUUGUCAGCCGUAAUCAGUAUGAAAAUAGCGGAAAGGCGUGGGUGCUAGUUCAGUCAAUUGAUGAUUUAAAGUACGAUGAGCUGCGGUUGCUCGGUGGAGCGCAUGCGUCAUUUGUGUUGAGUGUGAAAGGAGAUGUCUCUAUAAAUAAAUUCUCUGGAGAUAACACGGGCAUGCUGCAUGUCCAGGCGGAUGACAGAGUCGUUAUAAAGUCAGCACCUGCUGAGUUUCCAUCAUGGUUCCGUGUGUACGAGAGAGGAUAUCUGUCCCUGCCUGAAAUCGUGCAUCUUAGCAAGUUCUCAUACUCGCAGUUGUUUAUUGAAGGGAAAAUAGGAUAUAUAAAAGACUUUCGUAUUGGCACUGGUGUCACUCUAUCACUUGGAAACAAGGUAAGAUGGUCAUUGAACGAUUCCAGAGUACUAUCAGAGAAACAUUUAGACCAAAAUGGAUAUUCUUUUAGUUGCAAGCAGCGGAUAAAUUCCAUAGAUUUUAACUAAACCAGCCAACCAAACAAAAACAGCUGAGAAUAAUAAAUUAGUAUGAACAAGAUAAUUUCUAUUAAACUUGCUCGGGAUGGAUAUUAGAAAAUGAAAUCUGUUUUUGUAGUUGCAAUAAAAAAUACCCAUUACAUGAUACAUUUACAACCUGUUAUGACAGAACCAAUAUUAAAUUUUUACCCAAUUGCAAGUUACAAUCUAGUGCAAUCGCUAUCCAAUGAAUAUUAAAUGAUUUAUUAUAAUUAUAUUUUUUUUACCUCAUGUCAAUAAAGGAAAAACAUUGAUUCGCAGUUUAUCUGCAUCUGUCACAAUUGUCACAAUUAGUUUUAUUUUCUUCUUAUUUUCGUCUUAUAUUCUUGUUUUUGCAGGCUAGUUCGUAUGGAUUAAACGACAACAGCUUCAGACUUGGUUCACUCACUGUCAUGCCAAAUGCUCAACUUGAUUUCUAUAAGCCUGAGUCUCUUACCCAGUCUCUGAAGUUGAAUGUCUCAGACAAAUUUCACGUGUUUCCUGGAGGGAUGGUCAGCUGUCAAAGUUUUGAUGUGCACGCCCGAAAUAUAACGAUAGAAGUCGCAGGCAGUAUUGUAGCAAAAUCAUCUGGGUAUACCUUAGGAACUGGAAAAGGUAUAGUUAAUAUCCUGCUUGUCGGCUAAUAAUUAAAUACCAAAUGAAAACUGGAUUGGAUUCUAGGUAAUUAGUUUCAGUCUAAGGCAAAGUUGGGAUGGAAAUAUAUGAAGUCAGAAAUUAAAGUUUGAAAUAUUAUUCACCCAAUGAGCUUACGCAGCCUCAUCAUAGACCUAACGGUCUACAGGAAGACAGGAAACUACAAGUAAUAAUCUUAUAAAAUGUGCUAAUGCACUUAAGGGAAUUCCGCAGUAAUUGUUCCCGAAAUGAGAAUGUGCUGAAACUUCCCAGGCAUGGAGUUUAUGUACUGUUUAAUAAACGAGCAGGAGUGUUUUAUUAGGUUUAAAGCCACGGGCGUGCAGGGCCUGGAUCUGGACCUGCGAGUUUAUUGAACGGCUUCAAACACGACUACAAAUUCAAUAGAUUUAUUGCCUUAUUAGUAUUCUUUAUAUAAAAAAUACUAAUGAGGACACGACUACAAUAGAUACUGCCUUAUUAGUAUUCUUUAUAUAAAGAAUACUAAUUAGGAGUGUUUUAUCAGGUUUAAAGCCACUGCACGUGACAUAUUAUGGUUAACAUGAUUUGCCAAUAAGCUUAUGAAUUAUUAAUGAGUGUUUGAAGAUAUACUUAAAGUAAAAUCACACAAAAAAGUCGGGGUCACCGGACUCGUUAAGAAGAUAUGACAAUCACAAUAUACCACCUUUACCCCAAUAUGGCGCCAUCUUGACGCUCAUUACGAGUAACAGCAAAAUUACAACAGCACGAUAUUUAUUGACGUUUUUAGUGCGGAUUUUGCUUUAGUGAACCUAUCUUGUAAUUAUUUUUGAAAACAUAUUGUGUUUUGAGCAAAAUGAAACUACUAACGUGUACAAUUCUAAUCCACAGAUGUCUUUUCCACAUUUCUUUACAUAUCUUUCUCUGAGAAUAUGCAUUGUUCAUUGAUAAAGGAUUUUUUUUUCAAGAACCGGGAAAUGAUUUUUCUUUUAAUUUCGGAUAUGAAAUGUAAAAUGCAUUAAAGAAAUAAAUUAUCAGUUAAAAAACGGGGGUCACCGAUCUUUUUAAGGAAUUGUGACAUUAAAACGUGAAGUACAAGUAAAUAUAUAUACUACAGACACAGGGAACCCUAGCUACACUUUUGUAUGCCUUUUUUGAAAACAUUGAUUUUAACGUAAUUCUUUGCACGAAUGUAACCAAAGAUGUUUUGAAGUAACAUAAAAUUGUCAUAAAUUUUUUUUUUUUAAAACGGUACGUAUAAUGGAUGAAAUUAUAAGUUAUAAGAUAUGCGCAGUAAAAGUGCGCAAUGCAAAACUGCGGAAUUACCUUAGUAAUGCAAUAUUUUGACGACCUUUUUAUUGUCAUUGUGAUUUCUAGGGAACGGAGGAGCUGGUCAUGGUGGCAGUGGUGGAUAUGGUACAGUAGAAUUCGACCGCCCUGGUGCUGUUUAUGGAGAUUUCCAGAGUCCAACUAUGUAUGGUAGUACUGGUGGUAACAAUGGUGCUCCAGGUGGUGGUGUUGUUAAACUGUACGCUGAGGAAAUAACCACCAUCGAUGGUACCAUCAUCGCAACCGGUGGCCACAGUUCUGGUGUUGGUUUUGGUGCAAGUAGUGGUGGUAGUAUUUGGAUCCAGAGUAAUAUUUUCACUGGUAGAGGUACCAUACAGGUGAAUGGUGGAAAUGGUCUUGGCUAUGGUGGUGGAGGUGGUGGUGGUCGCAUAGCAAGCAUAUUUAAAAACAACACGUUUACAGGUAUGCUCGAGGCCUAUGGCGGGAGAAGCAGUCUAUCCCCAGGAGGGGCUGGUACAGUAUACUUAGCUAGCAAAGAUGGCGGGUUUCGAAAACUAAUUAUAGACAACCGAAAUAUUGGAAAACCCUCUAGUGAUACCAUUGAGGACAUCCACCGCGACGGAGGCAGGACCUGGUUGACACCCUCUGUUGGUUCGCCCCGAGUAAUUCUGAGUCAUCUUGAUAUACGUGGUCUGGGUCAGUUAGCGUCCUUGAAAAACUCCACCCAAGGUAACCUAGAAUGGGACAUUGGUACCAUCACGGGAGAUAAAACUGGAUUGCUACAUAUACUUGCUAACCAAAGGCUGAUCAUUACUGGAAAAGAAGGAGAGAGCAAGUCAGCUGAUUUACCUUGGGGUAUUAAUGUUUACCCACGAGGGGAAUUGACAUUGUCGGAGAGUUUUAUGGUUGAUGGAAUAAAGAUAAUUGUUGCAGGACGCUUAAAUGGAGCCAGAAAUCUUACUGUAGCGAAUGGUGGGAAGGUCAUUUUAAGGUAAAAAGAAUAUAGGGUUAGUUACGAUAUCAUACCAUUUCAUACGAAACCAUCUAUGCCAUGACAUGCCUUACCGUACCAUACCAUACCUCACUAUACCAUGCAUUAAUUGCAUUUCCACUAUUAUUUUAUUGAUACUAGACAAAUGAUCGACCCCGAAGGGAAAAUAUCACGUCACACGUCAUUUGAUGAUAUCAAGGUACAAGGUGGUGGUAUAUUCGAAGUUGAAAGUGACGAUGGUGGUCUUUCUGUGUCAUGUAAUCGACUUAUUAUCAACAGUGGUGGCAAGUUCCAAGCUACUAAGCUGGACCUAACAGCGAAUCUCGUCAGAAUUGAACAAUCUGGAAUCUUGGAAGCAAAUUACAAAGCAGUGGUAAUGAUUGUAACAAGAUAUCGUAAAAAUAAUUUGUGAUGUAGCUUCCGGGUUAUAAUACACGGCAUAACCACUAUUUAACGUUGGACUAGUUGUCCAGAUUCCAUACGUACUGAACUGUAAUGUUCGCUUAUGCUAAUAAAUGUUUCGGUAAAUCAAUUCUAAUUUACUUAGAUAUUUUAGAACAGUUGCCAAACACAAAAUCACGAUUUUAGUUAUUUCAUUAAUAUUUAAACAUGGUACAUAAAAAUGUACUCCAUUUUCCCAUAUUCUCGGCUAAAUUGACCAUUCAUGUGAAUAUGGGUAGAUUUCGUGAUCAACAAUAAAACUUUUUUUAAAAUACCUUGCGCAUUAAAAUUAACUUCCGCACACGAUUUGAAUUCAUAGGGGGGUAUUUUCCAUUUAUACAAUUAGUGCCUUUUCAAAAUUGUGUACCUUAUAUAUAGCUAUUUGAAAUAAUUAUAAUUAUGAUUUCGCGUUUCGCUAUUAAUCUGAAAAUUUCUAGAAAGUAAAUUAAGAUCCAGACAGAAACAAAAAGUUAAUACCAAUGCUGAAAAUGCCCUAGAAGUUGAUAAUAUUUGAUUAGUUUGAAAAAGUUGAUGAAAACUAGUCUACUGUUGUAAAUGCAGCUUUCGUCAAAUCAAAUUCGAGUACUUCAUUUACUGUAACUUUGUUACUUUAAUUUUAGCGUACCGUUAGUGGCCUGGGGGCAGGUUCUGGAGAAUACAACCCACGUGGCUCAUCUGGCGCUGGUCAUGGUGGUACUGGUGGUCGUGGGCGAGAGAACGUAGACAUCGGGGCAUUUUACGGCAGUGUGUUUUAUCCCACGUCAUUCGGAAGUGUUGGAGGUGGGGGAGAAUCCCCUGGUGGAGGAGUUAUAAAGAUAACUACGCGUGAAUUACAAGUAGACGGUAAUAUCGAGAGUAAAGGCGGUUUGUAUGAGAAAGGUAUAAACCAUGGAGGAGGCAGUGGGGGUAGUAUAUAUAUCAACACAACAACCUUCGAGGGUGAGGGUGUGAUUGAUGCAUCCGGGGGAUCUGGUAAUGGUUAUGGAGGUGGUGGCAGUGGCGGAAGAAUAGCAGUGUAUUAUCACUCCAGUUCAUUUACUGGUCAGUUUGCUGCAUUUGGUGGGAGUUCAUUGCACGAAGCAGGGGCUGCUGGAACAGUAUAUCGAAAGGAUUACCGACAAAAUUUGAAAUAUCUUUGGGUUUCAAACAAAAACCAGAAACCUCGCACAACACUCGUCAACUUUGCCAACCCGCGCAAAGAUAAUGCCCGAACAUGGCUACCCUCACUUUCUAGUGAUACUUACUAUGAUUUUGAUGAAGUUACUUUAACUGGUGGCUCGCAUUUAGUCCUGGAAUAUUCAACACAUCAUCAAACAAUGGUGAUUGGCAAACUGAGUGACGUCAUAAAUACUGACGUAACUAGUUAUCUACACAUUGGGCAAUGGCAAACUGUUAAUGUGCGUCAAACUGGUGUUAUAUUCCCUGUUAAUAUCCAUGUCUAUAAAACGGGCACGCUGGGAAUGCCACCAAGUGUUGAAGUUAAGAAUACUGUGUUUAAUUGCGAGGGACGUGUGAACGGGUUGAAGGAGUUGACGGCAUCUCAGACGACGAUCAAUUUUGGCGUCAACAGCGGAUCAGUCACAGAUGGCACAUAUGUCUCUGGGCACUUUGUUUUUGAACAAGUGACCAUAAAGGCUGCUGGGAAGUUAAUAUUUAAAAAUGCUGAAAUUGGGAAUGUCCUGAAAACUAGCAGACUUGAAGUCAAGGCUAAAGGUCUGAUCCAGGCAAGAAUAUUGACUAUACAAAGUGAAGUCAUCGUAGUGGAAGAGACUGCAAGGAUCACUGUAGAUGGUCAGGCAUUUGAACAAGGAGUUAUGAAUAAGAAUUAUGGAGGUCAGUGAAUACUGAUGUUGGAAUCUAAUAACAGGGACUUGUUAUAUAAGUUGUAGUAUUGAGUCAUUAUUGAACUACGUAUUGAACUACUAGAUUUAUCUUUUGCUCUGCUGCUAUUAAUAAUAUAAUAGACAUUGCCAGGUCCACACUUGCAACAGGUGACCCAACCUAAAGCGAUUUUACUAUGAUUUCAUUUGAUUGACUUACUUAUAUGUAAUUUACUUGACAAUGCUUUUUGUCUCGAUCGGCUAUGUUUGGUCGUUCCGCUACGGGAGGAAUAAAAUUGCCUGGUGUUCAACAGAGUUAAAUGUAUUUAUUAAGACAAAAAUUUGCUGUGCCAAUUAGGCUUUUUAAAAUUAUUUGGUCAAAUAUCAAUUAUGCUUUAAUGAAGAUUAAAAACAUUGCUGCCUAUUUUCAUUUUUUGUUGAUGGCUGUGAGAAAAGUUUCUUUUCUUUCUUUAAGGUCCAAAACAAGAGUCGUCAGGAGGCUCCCAUGCGGGUUAUGGAGGUCAGCGGUCACUUGGUAAGCCUUAUGAUUACAUUAAGGAACCAACAUUCCCUGGUGAAGGCGGUGGUCCCCCUCGUUACCAUUCCAAACCGAGUGCUCCUGGAGGUGGGGUAAUUCGUGUAGUUGUGAAAGAUCGUCUGGUAAAUAAUGGAGAAAUUUCUGCAAGGUUUGUGAUAACUUCCUGCUUUGAUUUAUACUUUAGUCUACUCAUACACGGACCCAAAGGGACCAUUUAAGAAAUAGAAAACCUACAAUCAUCCUACUUCAGAAAUUGAUUAUUCGCAAUAGCCUCAGCGGCGUAGCCAGAACAAUAAUUGGGGUGGGGGAGGAAGCCAUAUUCAUACAUUCGUGUUCACAUACCAUGAAAACAAUUGAUUUCAAAAGAAAUUAAUAAAGCAGAACACGAAUAUAUGAAUAUGGGCCCCCCAAUUAUCGUUCUGGCUACGCCACUGAAUAGCCUUGCAGCAAGUUUGUCAAAAUAUUGUAAAAAUUUUGAUAUACUAUAAACUCCCAAGUUUGUUACUUUCAACUUAUUAACACUUUUUAAAUGCAGCACAAUUAAUAUCAAGUUUUUACAAGGAACAACUUGUUAGCGAGUUGAUGAGAUAUGGAAUUUAUGAAAUAACGUUGUUCCUUGUAGCUCUGGCGUAGUCUGCUGUAACAAUGCUAUUUUACGUCAUUAUACAAAGUGACUAACGUUAACGUACAACGUUAUUAGGCAUUAAUUUAAAUUAUUAUUCUUUUCAGAGGAACAAACGCUGUUAGCAGCACGGCAGGUGGCGCUGCUGGAGGUAGCAUUUGGCUCACAACAAGUACACUUCAAGGUGAUGGAACCAUCUCAGUUUCCGGAGGGAAUGGAGGUCACGAUGGCGGAGGGGGAAGUGGAGGAAUGCUUGCUAUAUAUUAUAAAGAAAACUCGCUACACUUUGACCUUCAAAUCUCAGGUGGGAAUGGUAAGACACCGGGACCUUCUGGAAUGAUUUAUUUACAGAAAGAAAACUCGAAUGGAAAACUUGUAUUGGACAAUAUCCACCAAAAUUCAGCUAGCUAUGCAGCUCUAGUAUGUCAACCUAAAGCUUUCGACUAUGAUUUCGGUGAAAUAGAGAUUCUACGUGGAGGGAAACUGAAUAUGAUUUCUUGUGGUGUAAUUCAAUCGAUGACGUUGCAAAUAACAGCUAAACUAAGUGGUGAUGGAAGUGGUACUUUGCAAGUUGGAAACGAACAAAAUGUAUAUCUGACCACCAACAACUUUGAACAGGCAGCACCAAUGAAGUUACAAAGUAGUAUUGAUAUCCAGAAUAACGGAGUUGUUCUCCUUCCAGAGAAUAUAUUAUUGACUGAUGGUGCGAACCUCCAUGUUGCUGGAAGCUUGACUGGUGUAAAAACUAUCACUGUUGCAAAGAAUGGUAAACUUGCCGCGCUAUAUCCUGGUGGUACAUUCUACAGGGCAGCGCCAGGGGUGUUUGAGUUUGAUACAUUAUAUGUACAACGAGGUGGUAUUGUUGAAAGCACAGAUUCAAGUCUAGUCCAAUUAAAUAUUGGUCUAUUGAAGUUAGAUUACGGAGCUGCAUAUCGCGUCCCUGGUAGAGUUGUUACAAGGUAUGGUGAAAAAAUGGAGCAAAGUCGAGGACCUACGUUAACGAGUAAUCUCUGUCCAUAUGGUACGGUACACUAUACUUCGGAUGAUAUAAAGUAUAACCCUUGUGGCGAAGGAAAAUGGAGUUCAGUUUCGGCCCCAGUCCCUUACCAAGUUGUGAUGAAUAUUUCAGACAAUGAUGGAAUAUAUAGGCUGGUAAAUGUGACAAAAUACCAUGAGAACUACAAUAUAACUUGUGAUUAUACCGACUUCCGUCUGCUUCCGGAUCAAAAUUGUGUUUUCAAACCAGGAAUGUACAGCUAUAGACGCCUGGAAGUUCACAGCGAGGCGACAAUGAGUUUCGAAGCUGAUCCUGGACGUGUACUUAAGAACACCUUACAUGUCGAGCAUCUCCAAAUAUAUGCAGCUGGAAAUCUCCGAGCCCUUCCCGUAAAGUGGUCGAGUGGACUGUCAUCUGGUGUAGGCGGUUCAUACGGCGGGGUUGGUGGCAGAGGUAGCCCUAGUGAUGUACAUGGUGAUGUGGUGUUACCUGAGAGUUACGGUGUAAGUGGGGGUGGGUUCCAGGGGGGUGGCGGUCAGCUCAAGAUUCGUGUUGCACGUGAGUUUAUUCAUGAUGGUGUGAUAGAUGUAAGUGGGAGUAAUACUAAUACUGGAGGAGGGGGAAGCGGUGGCAGUCUGCUUAUCUUGGUACAAGAUUUGAAAGGCACAGGAGUAUUCAAAGCAAAUGGUGGAGGGAGUGUAGGUAGCAACUCGGGAGGAGGGGGUGGUGGUAGAAUUGGAAUCCACAUGAACUCCUCUGCGGAAGACUUCCAAGGACAAUACGAGGCAUAUGGUGGUAAUGGUGUCUAUCGAGGCACAUCUGGGACAAUUUAUAUCUACGAUAAGAACAGUAUUGAAGGAAACCUUAUCGUUAAGGGCCAGGGAUACCAAUCUGCUUUUCUGCCAUCAAACACAACAUUGUUCGAAAUUGAUUCCCUUUAUGUUGGAGAAUCUGCGACAUUCCAGGUUUCAGUUCCUCAAUUAACAGUUAACUUAUUACGGACCGACGGAAGUGGAAAGAUGGUUAUACGUACAGGACAUGCGUUGACUAUCAUGGAACUUCCCUCUGAUGGAAGGAUUGCAUGUGAGCUAGACGUUAGUGGUAUCCUGGAUAUUCAAGUACCGGUUAUGAUCACCAGGACUAUCAAUCUUCGCGGGAUAAUUAAGACUUCUCGGUUGACCAUAGCAAAGAGGGUAAAUUUCAUAUGGACUCGAGGUGAAUUAAAGACAAAAUCCUUGAGAUUGAGAGAGUAUUCUUUUGCUUCGAUUUCUGGUUUAUCAAAGGUCAAUAUAGAUGAAAUUCGUGUAGGACCGUAUGCAAAAAUAGAGGUAUAUAAUGGCGAUUUCAUUUUCCUUUGUAAACAAUUGUUAUUUUAUGCACAUUCUGUGUUACUUUCAAAAUCUGAAUUGAAAUCCUUUAACAUUACUUCAAACACUUUGGAAAUGCAUAACUUUGCAUCUAUUGGAGUGAGUGGUGGGGGAUAUGAACAGGGUCCAGGAUAUCACGGCCGCCGAGGGGUAGGUGCAAGUCAUGGAGGACAAGGCGCGGGUGCUACGACAGAUUCUGUGUACGGUUCGGUGUUUGAACCGAAUGAGUUUGGGAGUGGGAGUCUGGAUUCCGGUGGAGCUGCCCAUCACGGUGGUGGAAAACUGAUUAUUAAUGUCGCUGAUGUAUUACAUGUGGAUGGUGUGGUACAUGCUGAUGGUUUCGGGUCACGACAAGAUGGUGGUGGUAGUGGAGGAAGUUUGAUGAUAAAAGCUAAGGUACUCAAGGGAUCUGGAAUGUUUAGAGCAAAUGGAAUGAGUGGAGGAUCCGGGGGUAGAAUUGCUGUCUAUGUUGAGGAUAAGCAAGCGUACUCAGGAGUAGUGAGCAGUUUUGGGGGAUGUAGCACUACAUGUGGAGCAGCAGGGACUGUCUUUAUUAGAGAAUAUAUAAUAGGUUUGCCAUAUGAGACAACGAUUGUGAACAAUAAUGGACGAUCAAGUAGUGGCAUAACCAGUAUCAUGCAUGGAACACAGGCUGAUUACACUUUGCAAAAACUGAGAAUUACCCAAGGGGGGAGAGUUGAAGUGGUGAAUCCUAGUUCCAAUAUAACCGUCAAUAUUAAUGUUUUAGAUUUAGAAGGUGAUUUCACCGGUCAAAUUCGUGUGCUAAACAAUCAGAAAUUAUCUUUGGGAUCUAGUAGUGUGACAGGCAGUCAACCGUUUGUGCUACGUUGCGCCCUAAGCGUUGAGGUUGGCGCUGAGCUGGUUCUAGCGCCUCGCGUGUUUGUUAAAGAAACGACAUUGAAACCAAGUUUUGAUGUGUUUGGUAAAGUACAAGGUGGCCAGGAAUUAAUUAUUGGACGAAAUGCAUUAGUGUCAGUUUCUCCUGAAGGAGUUAUCGGAACUAAAUCUUCAAAAAAAGGCAUUCUCACGUUUCGUGAACUUCAUGUUUUAAGUGACGGCCAUAUUGUUUUCAACCAUGGUGGAAAAUCUAGCGUCGAGGUACGUGCCGUGUCCAUUAACAUUGAAUACAGCGGUAUUCUUGAAAGUCCGUUGGUGCUCCUCAAGACUUCUGAGUUAAACAUACAAAUGGGGGGCCGAGUUGUGUCUGAUGGUCUUGGGUAUAGGUCAGGGCCAGGUGUAGGUGGUUUCUCUGGGGUCUCGUUAUGGGAUGGGGGCAGUUACGGUGGAUGUGGUGGUGGAUUUACGGGAGUUUUCUGUCCUAUAUAUGGUUCAAUGUUCGGUUCUAUUGAGCCAGGGAGUGGUGGGGGUGCUGCUACUGGUAGCAAUGGUGGUCAGGGUGGAGGGGUUAUUGUUCUAGAGGUAGAGACACUGCACCUUGAUGGUGAGAUCACGACUGAUGGUGGUAAUGGGCAAGGUAAUGCAGGCGGUGGAAGUGGAGGAAGUGUUCGCAUGACUAUAGGUAAUGUUUUCAGUGGGCGAGGUACAGUACGUGCGCGUGGCGGGAAAUCUGGGAUCGAAGGAGGGGGUGGAGGAGGGGGGAGAAUAUACAUCAACUCAGAAGGAAUUGAUAAUUUCAAAGGAGACGUUGAUGCGAGAGGAGGGGUGGGUGUAAAAUUAACCUCGGGUUCCCCUGGAACGAUAUGGUUGCUUCAAAAUAAAAACGGAUUAACAAUGAAAACAUUAAUAUUGGAUAAUAAAGAUAUUAGUCUUACAGAACAACUGCCAGUCGUUCUCAACGAAACCGUCAGCAGCUAUUACUUUGACGUACUUCAUUUGGCCGGAAGCAUUAUCUUAACACCUGACCAUCACAUGAUUAUUGAAAAGCUAGUCACCAGUCCGCUCAGCACCAUAAGUAUACCUAAUGGCCUUAUCGUGGAGAUCGACACGAAUUCGCGUGCCACAAGCCCCGCAUGUAGUUUCCACGUUGCAGUACAUGGUGAACUCCGACUUUCAUCUUCGGUUACCUUCCUUGGACCAGAUAAUCAAUUUUCAGGAACAAUUACUGGUGUGCUAGACAUGAUCAUUGGUGAAGGACGUCGGACUGUGCUAUCAGCUUCUGCCCGUACAGCACUUUAUGUUGAUGGCAACUAUACUUUCAUAUCAAAACGAGGCGAAUACAAGUUUGCAUCCCUGCUGCUAAAAAGCAAUGCAUUGUUGUCAUUUGAGAAAACAGACAUGACAGAAGUUCCGUUGGUUUUUGCAACAUUAGAACUACGUUAUGGUUCGGUAUUACAAGGAAGCUGGCUGAAUAUUCAAGCCGUGAGUAUUCUGGUUCAUUCUGGUGCCAAGAUAGAUCUAUCUGAGCGAGGACACCCUGGGGGUCGUGGUGAAGGUAGUGGGAUGUUUAAGCAAAAUUAUGGUCGUGGUGCUGGUCAUGCUGGUAUAGGUGGUGGUGAAGACAAUUCUGGAGGAGAAUGGUAUGGUGAUAUGGUCACCCCUAACUCUUUUGGAAGUGGUGGUGGUGGACGCGUUCUAUCCCAAGGUGGCAAAGGCGGUGGUUAUUUGAAUAUUCUAACUAGCGAGGAACUUGUCAUUGAUGGCUCAAUCUUGGUCAGUGGUGGCGAUUGUACGAUGUCCGGUUGUGGAGGUGGAAGUGGCGGCAGUGUCUACAUCCGAUCCAGAAGCUUGGAUGGUGUGGGACUUAUAGGAGCUAGAGGUGGUAAUGGAGAUAAUGCAGGUGGUGGUGGCAGUGGUGGCCGUGUUGCCCUUCAUCUCAACACUAAGAUAUUAUUUCAAGGCGAUUUUAAAGUGCACGGUGGAACAGGAAAGUACAAUGGUGCAUCAGGAACAGUAUACAUUGAGGAAAAUAAAGGUCGUUUACCAAGAAGGAUUGUAAUAGUGGAUAACCAUGUAUUGUCAUCUGAUACAAAACCUACGACUGCGGUAACAAACAAUGUUAAUAACGAUGUUACUCUUGACGAACUAAAGGUACAGGGCCCAGUGAGCGUAUCUUUCUUCAACAAAAACAAAAUAAGUAACCUAGAAAUGGAGAUAUCUGUGGCAAAACUGUCGGCUGAUACUCGGGGUGAGAUCGUGAUUCAGGCAAAUCAAGUUAUGUUUUCAGAAACAAGUGAAUCCGAAGAGACUUCGUUCACACUUCGGACGAACCUUGUUAUUCAGGAGGCUGGCUUGUUUGUUACAGCAUCAAAGUUGUUUGUUGAUGGGGCAGAACUGACCGUCAAUGGACGGCUGAUGAACGUGCGACAUUUCACCCUAGAGACCGGAAGUCGUGUGACGUUCUCCGAGAAGUCACAGACUGGUGUAUAUCUUAAACCAUUUGGGUCUGGUUCUCUCUCUCUACCAGGCACUCAGUUAUUUGGAAGUUUAACUCUGAAAAGUGGCUCUACAUUUAGUGCGCCUGAAAAUUUGCGUAUACAAACAGCUGAUAUGAUCGUCAAAAACGGCGUGGUAAUCCGUGUGAGGGAUUUGGAAAUAGCUGCAGCAACUUUGAUCUUUGAACGAGGAACACUUAUAUCGGCUGAUGAUGUGUCUGCUGGAGGACAUGGAGCUGGGUCAUCAAACUUUAAAGUGGGUUCUGGGGGGAGCUAUGCAAGUCCUGGAGGUAAAAAUCAAGGUGAUAAGUCAUAUGGAAGUUUGUUCAAGCCUCAAGAACCGGGAAGUGAAGGGGGAGCGGGUUCAUCUGCUAAGACUGCAGGUAAAGGAGGAGGGGUUAUCAUUAUCAAAGCAACUUUAUUACAACUCGAUGGUAAAAUAACUGUGAAUGGUGGUGAUGGGGAUCGGGGUUCAAACGCUGGUGGGGGUAGUGGAGGAAGUAUCUAUCUCAAGGUUGAUAAUCUCGUUGGUAAAGGGGAAAUUAUUGCCGACGGUGGUCUAGGAGAUGGGAACGGUAGUUGUGGUAGUGGUGGUCGUAUAGGGAUAUUCUUGACAUCUGGGUACACAUAUCGUGGGAGCAUCCGUAGUGCCAGUCUAGAUUGUGGAUCUACACCGUUAAAUGGAGGUCCGGGAACCGUGUUUAUCAGUGAAGUACGAAUUAGACGCACUUAUACGCGACUGAUAUUGGAUAACCGUUUUUCAAACCAGGACACAUUUGUUACCAUGAAUGAAAGCCAACUUGAGUAUGAUUUUGAUGAAAUAAUGUUACGUGGUGGUGCAUCGUUACAGUUAUUCAAACAACCAAAUAUCCAUCAGAGGUUGGGUGUUGGAUUGCUAUCUGGUGAUAGAAGUGGUUUAAUAUAUGUACAUCGUAAUCAAACAGUUAUUAUCAGUCAGAGAACACCCGCGCGUGUUCCCGCCAGUUUCAAAGUUGACGACGGAGGUUUGGUUAUUGUUCCUCAUAGCGUUAUAAUUGUUGGUCAGCGGAGAUACUCUAUUGAGUCACGUGGAACAAUUCUUGGCAUGCGAAAUAUGCAGCUCGCACGUGACCGAGUCGUGAGGUUCUACCAGACUUCUAUGCUCGGGAUAAGAAAGGGUAGACGAGAUUUUUCAGGAUCAGAGAGGGUGUUAGAGUUUGGUUCACUUAUCCUGCAUACUAGUAGUAUUAUGGUGAUAGACGAUGUUGAUCAGGUAAAGAUUUUUGCGGAUAAUAUUGACAUAAAAUAUAAUGCAUCCCUCAUUUCAUCUUCUCUUGCGUUUACCGUUUCGUCUCUUCACGUUGAAAUUGGUGGACGAAUUGACUGUUCUGGCGACAACGAUGUCAUUGGAUCAAAGUCCGCGCCGUCAGGCCUAGCAAUAGGGACUGGUGCUGGCCAUGGUAGUGAAGGUGGGGAAGGUACUACAAAACAAGGUGGGCCGUACCAUGGAUCCUUGUAUAACCCUACUGAACACGGUAGAACUGGGGGCGCAGGCCCUAAUGGCGAGAAAGGAGGCCAAGGGGGAGGAAGUCUAGUUCUUAGAGUUGGAUCUCGUUUCAUAGUAGAUGGAAUUAUAACAGUUUCUGGCGGACGUGCAGUGACCAAAAGUAACGCAGGGGGCGGAAGUGGAGGAAGUAUUUACGUGAGUACACACUCGUAUCGAGGUGAUGGAGUAAUGGAUGUGCGCGGUGGGGCAUCUGGUGGUACUAGUUCUGGAAGUGGGGCAGGGGGGAGGAUUGCGAUAUACUCUGAAAAAGAAAUCUUAUACCGGGGAGGUUAUGAAGCGUCGGGCGGAAAGGGAACAGAGGGUAGGUACGGCGGCCCAGGUACGAUAUUUGUACGAGAUUUAAGAAACAAACGUUUCUACACGCAGUUGAGAUUUGGUGAAAGACAAGGAAACAACCUCAUUUUUGUUACACUGGACGAGAAAAACAUCACUGAAUUUAUAUUUAAUGAAGUUAUUAUCGAGCGAAGGACAGCCAUGAGACUUAAACAAGAUGGAGAAAUGAGAAGUUUAAAGGUCGGUCAACUUACUGGAGACGGGACGGGAUAUAUCUAUGUUGGAAGUAAUCAUACUUUCUACCUACGUGGUUCUACCGGUCAAGGUGAGGUCUCGAGACCUCCGGUGAAUUUGAAUAUCGACACUGAAGGUACAGGAGUAUUUGAUACAUCGCUCUUUGUGGUCAGUCACAGCCCUGCAAGCCCUAACGGUCAUGCUCUGCGUGUUAACGGACGUAUCAUUGGUGUUGAACAUUUGUAUUUGACGAGGGAACGGAAGAUGGUAUUUAUGUCCAAAGCUCAAACUGUGCGUUAUAAUAAUGGAAGUCUGACAUCACGUUCACCUGGCACAUUUGUUCUAGCGUCGUUGGAGAUUCAUGAUAGGGCACAGCUAUCGUUCCUGACGUCACACGGGAUGAGAGGUUUGGCGGGAAAAAUAGAUGUGAAAUUUGGAGCGAAAGUGUUUGCUGAUCAAUUUGAUAUGAGUAAGUAUGAACUAGUAAUUUUUCUGAAUAAUUUGUUUUAAUAUUUAAUUCAAGAAUGAGCGUUAGGGGGACCAGCAAAAUGUGGUCAAUCUCUUUAAUGUUGACUCGGUUGAGAGUAGGAGAACAAAAAUUAAACUCCAUACCGUGAUAAGCGGCAGAUGAGUAUCAUAUGCAUACGAUAUUGCUUAGAUAAAUACACGUUCUAUAGAUUUGCAAAACACCACACUAUAUAUAUUUAUGUAAUAACGUUAAGAAUUCAAGCGCUUUCAUUGGUCGAGAGCCAUGAUCUAUUAGAGGACACUGACAGACGCACGGAAUUACGUCACAAUUAAGGAAGCCAUAGCAUUCCCUUAUUUGUCUUUAGCAAAGUGCUCAAUGAAAAACCAGAGCAUGUUUAAAUUAAGGUACAACAAAUAAACAACAUCCAAUAGGCAUCUUUAUUACGAAAUAGUUUCGUACCACAAGAUGUGGCACUCUUCAGAUAAAUUGACCUAAUGACUAAAAGGAUAAUGAAGAAGGUAUGCUGUUUAAAUUUUGUAUUUUUCUCGUUGUUUAACGAUAAUUACUCGCUGGGGCACUUUGCCCAGGCGAUAAUAUGGGUUUCGGCACGCAUGGUGGAUGUCAGAUCGUCGUUGAUAGCCACAAAAUAGUAUUCUAGCGAUUUGCGGCCUUUGAAAAUCAAGCGAAAUUGUAUUGUUGACAAAUCGUUUGCAGUACGUAUUGACUAUUGUUGACAAAUCACUCGCAGUACGUUUGUCUUUGUAUUUGUUUUUGUAAUGUCUAAUGGCGCAAUAAGGAUAAAAAUACCACCGUUCGAUUUAGCUUAAGAAAUUGUACUUACGGAUGUCAAAGGUAUUACUAAACAACAUUAUUCUAUCGAUUUAUCCUUUGCCUUUGAAAGCCAAGCGAAAUUGUAUUGUUGACAAAUCGCUCAAAAUUAUUAAACUAAUUAUAAAAAAUGCAGUGCGUUUGAUCCUUGAUAACUUUGGUAUCGUUGGUUUUCUCUUUUUCGGCCGUAUACCAGUGGAUUCGUCUCACUUCUCUCUUCAUUUUGAUAGUAUUUUUAUGUUGAACGUUUUAAAGCGCAGUUUAAUCCUAGCGGACGGACUACGGACCAACCGGCGGCCGACAGAAGAAUGUAGCGUACUAAAAAUAACUUUACUUGUAGGCGGAAACGCCGGAAAUUAUAUUUGUAGGGCACCGCAUUUUAGUAUUGUGUCUGAUUCUAUAAAAUCCUGACCUGAGGUCAUUAUGCUAACAAAAACUUCAAAACUGAGCAACCUACAUGCAAUACAAACCUGACGAAUUUGAGAGCGGCAGCACUCUGACUGUAAGUUGUGAAGGCAAUUUUGUAAACAAAAAUAAUUGCUGUGCUAAACAUGACAAGUUUGAAUAUAUAUAGUUCACCAAAAACUAUUCUAUUUAACCGGAAUUUGCAUGUUUUCCGUGUGAAGGACAAAAACAAGGCGCAGCAUGUAUUGCCUGAACAGAAGAACAAUGGUUCUUCGUCCUUCGCACGCAAAACAUACAAAUUCCCCUUACACAAUAGUUUUUUAGUCUGAAUUAUGCACAAUGCAUAUCACAAAAACAAAUAAACAAAACCAGCGCCGUUCUAGGAAAGAUCCUGGGAUCGAGGUUGAAACAAAACUCACAUGAGAAGUUAUUUGGCCAACCGAGGCCGCACCGAACGCCUGAGCUGGCGUCUGAAGCGCAACCGGACGCUUUGGUUUUCGCGCCAAAACUGAGAAGUGAAACAAUUUUAAAAAUCUGCCUAAAUUUAGCCUAACGAUAGUCAGAAUACGAAAAUGAAUGGCAUCAAGCUCUAAAGACUUCAUACUAAGCACGAUGUAUGCUCAUGUAUUUUACCACGUAAAAGCGUCAUUACAGUUUAAAACCUAUAUUUGGCUUUAAAAGAAAUGUUUCCCCUCAAAUAUGCAGUCUUAAAAGAAGGUUUAACUGCGAUGAGCACAAGUGAUGGAUACAUUGUCUACCUAUUUGUUUCAUGGAUUUUUCACUAAUAUAAAUAUUGUAAAAAAAAGUCAAAGCUGUGUUUAAUUUAAAAACACAUUUUUCAAUCAAACAAGACGCUCUAUGGAGCGCUAACUCGCAGGGCAAGAUGAAAACCACCCGCUCUGAAAUAUUUUCUAUUUGUCUCAGUUCGUUUGCUCUUAAUAUGCAUUAUUAUACCGAUCAUUUAUUUGGGAUUCUUUUUUUUUCAUUUCUAGACGUAACAACAUUGAGUGUUGAGACUGGGGGAUUAAUGACAGCUGCUGGAUCGGACAGACCAAACAUAGUGAAAUCACACUCACCAUCACCUAGUUGCAAUGGUGCUGGUGGGGCGUAUGCCAGUCAUGGCGGAAUUGGUCGUGAUCCUAAUGUAUCCUUAAAGCCGUACGGAAGUUUAUACCUCCCUCGAGAAUUUGGUACGAAUGGAUGUGGGGACCAAAGUCUUGGUGGAAAUGCUGGAGGAUUGUUCUUUUUAACAAUUGGUGAUGCUUUGCAUUUGGAUGGUACUUUGAAUGCACGAGGUCAAAAUGCUAGUCCAUCACCCUCCGGCGGAGGAAGCGGUGGUAGUAUUCUGUUUAGCACAGUUGUGUUCACUGGUAAUGGAAUCCUUGAUGUUUCUGGGGGGGACGGAAAAGGUCAAAACACAGGGGGAGGAUCAGGUGGAAGACUUGCAGUGUACGUGAGAUCACAAAAUCGUUACUUUGGUCAGUAUCUCGCAAUUGGUGGCAGCGCUGGGGAUGCCUUGAAUGAUUUCAGCCGAGCGUCUGGUGGGCCUGGGACUGUUUACAUCCAGCAGUUGUUUAACCAGGUUCCACAUGACCGUUUGAUGUUAGACAACAAAAAUAGACCUUUCAAUCAUUAUGUCACGUUAAACGAGUCCCGAGAUUCUUAUGAGUUUGAUGAGGUACACCUGACAAGGAAAGCUUCCUUACAUAUUGUUAACAAUGGAAAACAAUUAAAUUUGACGAUACAUAAAAUUCUCGGAGAUGGUACUGGUCUUAUUCACGUGCAUGAAAAUCAGCUGUUGACCGCUGAAGUUAAAGACGCAAGACGCACCAUAACCCGAGCCCAGGCAAACUUCAAAUUGGAUGCAAAUUCGUCAGCUAUAAUGUCAACCGUGGUUCACAUGAUAGGACGAGGAGAUGUGGCGUUUCAUUGGCAGGGAAGGCUUAUUAAUGUUAUGCAUUUACAUUUAGCUUAUGGUAGGCAAGCGUUCAUUGGUGUCGAGGCUCAUACAGGAACUAUUGAGAAUGAUAGAUUUGUAUCUUCAGAAACAGAAGGAACAUUUCAUUUUUCAACCUUGGAGUUCAGCAGUAAGUCCCACGUGGAUUACCCUUCACCUCAUGGAAUGCAUUUCACAGUUGGGUUAUUGG